AUGGGACGCCGCUGUGCGCACGCGCGCAAACCUUUCCCCUCCUCCCACUCGGGGCGCAGAACCAGAGCGGGUGGGUGUGGCGAAGAGGAGGGACCUACUGUACCCAGAAGGCAAUGCGCUAACGGUUGUUUUUUUUGGUCUUCCGUUACCCUGCGCUGCCUGCCGGGAAGUGUAGGCGGUGCAGUGUAGGCCGGGAGCCGCGAAAGCGUUCUUUAAGCAUUCAGCUGGGCGGUGAUUGGCUGGGAUGAGGCUUUCAGAAACGUCGCUCCGUGGUGUGCGAUGGGGAUUGUAGUUCGCGGUAGCUGAGGGCCGUUUAAGCACACAGAGGUGUCGGGGGGUGUCAAGUUGUAAACCAAACCAACCAUCUGGACUUUGUGUGGUUUCAGGCCUUUGGCUCGCCCCUUAAACUGAGUAAUGUGCGUGACCUAAGCAUGGUUUCCCACAAGCAAAUCCCACGGGCCUCGGUAGCACUUCCUUGACUGGUAAGUGGCGAAAGGAGGCAGCCUAAGCGACAAGUGUUUGCCCAUCUCCAAUUGCCUUCCCACCACCCGAGCUACUCCCGUUUUCUCUAGAGAUGCAACCAGUGCUUCCCCCUCCCCAAAAAAAUGUUUAGGGGCACUCUCAUUUUCCUACUCAUGUUGAAAUACUGCCGCUCAAUGAGGCCAAACUUGGAUUCACCAAAUGUUUAAGGUGCCGUGCCGGAUUUACAUAUAAGCUAAACAAGCUAUAGCUUAGGGCCCCGUUCUCUUGGGGGCCCCCAAAAAUCUUAAAAGGAAAAAGAAAACGAUGUACAUUUCCAAAAUAUAAGAUAAAAAAACAAAUGAAAUAAAUCCUACAUACAGCAAAAGUGUUUUGUGUUGUGUAUGGACCUAUUAGGUUCAUAAAUUACCAUAUAGCAUAUAUUCAACACAAAACACAGUGACAAUUUGUUGUUGACAAAGGACAGCUGGACAUAUAAAGGGCCCCAUUACCUUCAGUAGCUUAGGGCCUCAUCAAACCUAAAUUCAGCCCUGUUUAGGGGUAUGCGUCCCCCGAGAAAAAAAGCACUGGGUGCAACUAAGGGGAAAGCGGGCUGGCUGCAUGAGGAGCCGGCGACAGAUUUGGAUACAGCAUCUGGGAAGACAGACCCAAAUAUAUAUUCCCUUUUUUUAGCUUUUGGACUACAUUCACGGAGAGACUGAUAAGCUGAACUUCUCCCUCUCUUGACAAAAGCGUUUUGCAUCCAUCUUUCGGUUUCCGUCUCAAGUUCUUUCCCAUCGCUUUCUGCUGUUUGCUUCCUGCAAUCCUCAUAAGCAAUGCUGUUAGGUUUAGAUUGUCCACCCAUCGUUCCUUGGCCUUUUAACAUUGUAGGUAGGGUCUUCCACAGUGAAAUUUAUAUCUUCCCAAUCCUAUGGCAUUCGGUCACAAUUCCUGUACAGGCAAGUAAACGAUAAGGUUUCGUUUAAAAAGGAAAAAACUCUCUUAGGCUGCAGUGCUUAAUAUAAUUAUGUCUGGUUAGAUGCAGUGGGGUUUAGUUCCAAGUAAGCGUAGAAUUGAACUGUCCAGCCUUCAUCCUUUGCUGAUACUAGGCCUAAAGUACUCUUCCUAACAAGACAGGACUGAACUGAAUACCUGCUCAUCCCUUGUUCUUCAUCUUCCUCAUUUUUAUUACCUCUCCUGUGUUGAAUUUCAGGUUAUUCUUUGUGGCAUGGGCCUUUCCUUGCUCUAUGAAGAAGUCAUACACAUUGAUGGCACCAGUGUUGUGCAUAGUGAUAUAUAAACAAACACUGUUUAUGUUGUGCUUAGCUUCUACAAUGAUAUGUAUCAAAGCUCAAGCCUUCCUGUGCAAUGCUGACCGAUCCUACCACUGUUCCCUCAAAGCCUGCUGUGUUGGCUGAUACAUUGACAAGUUCAGCAUUCCCAGUUGUUGCUGCAUGUUUGAAAAAAUGUCCAGGGGCCAAGCUUUGCUCAUCUUAGGCUUGCAUGCAUUGAACUUGCUGCUUUUCCAGGAAAUAAGACAAAAAUUGUGCUUGCCUAACUAAAUGCCAUACGGGGGAGCUGCUGAGUUGCUUUUACCAGGGAAAGCUCUUGGUUGUCCCUGCUCAGUGGCCGCAUUUUCCUUUUGUGUGUGUACAGUAUGUUUUUCUCUUGGUGGGCGGAAAGCUUCCCCUUGCCCAUCUGAGUGCGAUGAGUCUGCCUCUGCUCUGGUUUCCUUCUGAUGGAAGAAUCUACGGCUUCCACUAGCAGGGUUUGUACUGGCUAUACAACUGUAGUUUUUAAUCUUGUUUCCAGCAAUUGCAGGACUUGCUUCUCCUGAAAGGGUGCGUGUAAAGCUGACAGACUUCCUUUGGAGCACUGAUGUAAAUUUUGUAUGUCAGUCCCACAGACAUGACAGCUUUGGGGGCUUCGUAAAAUCAGGUUAAUCCUCAGGUUUUUGUUUAUUGUCCAAAUUCCUGAGAUCUUAGCCAUCCCUCCAUGUCUGACAAGGAGUAAAAUAAGAGUAGAAACUUCAUUUGUUGCUUACAUUUUGAAUUGUUAAAAGAUGACUUUUCCUGCUAUUUUGACAUCUCAAGAAGAGGCCUAAAACUUGUCUGCUUGCAAGAAUAUUCUGAUUCGGCCUAUUAUCUACUGUGGGAAAGGAUGUAGAGACAUUGAUAGUUUUUUGUUUCUGUUUGUUCGUUCUGUAGCCUUUUAGUGUGAUUUGUUGGCAGUAUUUUAAUACAAAUGCUUAUUUUGUGAUAACGGUGGAUAAAAAAUAAAAACUGAUCUAAAAGCAACAACUAUAUAAUGUAAUCACUAAUUUUCUCUUAAAGAACAGAUUAAAUAAUAAUAAAUUCUGUUUUGUUUUUUUAAAAAACUUGUUUCUUAAAAAUAAUCUGAAUAACACAGGUCACCAGCAAAGUUAUAUAUUGGGCAGCAUCAUCUGUAAGAUAUUCUAAGUUUAGUAAAAACCAAAUAAAAUAUACAAAGCUGUCUCUUUAUUUACAGUACAUAAAUCAUAUUAUAUUUAGUUGUAAAUUUACAUAGUUUAAUAGAUAUUCACUAUUAAUUAGGUAAUGUAGGGGAAAGCAUCAAUUCAAAACCUUUAAAUAGCAUUUUUUCCUUGCAUAUUUCAAACAUGAUCUCUGAGAGGUCUAGAGGGUGGGUUACACAAGGCCUUUUUGGUUUGUAAUGAAUUAUCAUGGCCCAUAUACUGCUCACAUUUAGCUGUUGCUUUGAAUACUGAGAUUUUUGUUUUAUUCAUUGCAUUUAUAUGCUGCCUUUCUGCCAAGGCACCUAAGGUAGUUUACAAUUUACUGUACAAUUGGGAGGAGAAGCAAGAGAAGGAGACCGUCUGGUUGGAGCAGGCUGCUAAUGUUGCCUUUGCCUGCCUCCCUCACAUGCUGCUUCCUCCUUACUGAGCAGAUGGUGUCUGUUGGCCCUUUGGGGACAGGGAAGGGGCAUGAAUGUGACCAUGUCAUCCAUUCAUUCUUCACUACGAAACUCAUUGUACUCGCUAUGGAAAACUGACUCUGUAACCUCAAAUAACAUUAUUUUAAAGAAUAUCUCUAGAACAUCUUCUUUGCCUAUAUCUGCCUGUCUAUCUUGUAAUUAUGAGUACUGUGUUUUGCUUUGUGGUCACUUUCAUUUAUGUACUUAGUUUUCAGGUAGGAGUCACUUGAAAACAAACAGGAGGUAUCCUUCUGCAUUUCCCCCCAGUGCAAAUUAAUCAUAUUGUCUGUGAUGGGAUUGAGCGCUUUGUUUUGUUUUUCAUUUGCAUGACUCUUAACUGUGGGAAUUGCCAGCAAAGUUCAGCUUUCUCAUGGUUAUCUACUAUAUAUUUUGGAAUGUUGAUUGUUUACCAAAUCGCUAUGCAUUUGAACACCUUUAGUUAUUGUAACCAAGGUUUGCAUAAUGGUUCCUAAGAUGAAGGAGCAGGCUUUCCCCUGUGUUUGGAUAAAAUUGGACAUGCAUGUUGGUGGACUGAACUUUUCAAAACUGUGCUGUUUUGAACCUCUGGUUUCAAAACUGUUGGAUGCAAGACUGCUAGUAUACUAUAUAGCAAGGGAUGCAGGUGGCACUGGGGUCUACCACUGAGCCUCUUGGGCUUGCCGAUCAGAUGGUCAGCGGUUCAAAUCUCCUCAGUGAUGAUAUUGCUCUGUCCCAGCUUCUGCCAGCCUAGCAGUUUGAAAGCAUACCAGUGCAAGUAGAUAAAUAGGUACCAUUGUGACGGAAAGGUAAAUUGUGCUUCCAUGUGCUCCGGCUUCCAUCCUAGUGUCCUGUUCCACCAGAAGCAGUUUAGUCAUGUUGGCCACACGACCCGGAAAGCUGUCUGUGGACAAACGUCGGCUCCUUUGGCCUGAAAGCGAGAUGAGCACUGCACCCCAUAGUCGCCUUUGACUGGGCUUAACCGUCCAGGUCCUUUGCCUUUUACCUUAUGUAGCCAUUUUCACUUUCAGAUUUGCAAACCAGUUAACUUCAGAAUCGUUUGGCUGAGAUCCCAUUGAAACCUGCAGAAAUUUUACACUCGUUUUGAGCACUUAGACUCAGAAGCCUCAUUUAAACGAUAGGUCUUAUUUUCAUGAAAAUCAAUAAACCUAGGACCAGGGAUUGAGUCCUAUAUGUUUACACGUUAUACACCAAACAAGAAACGUUCCUUUUGUAUCCUUACCACUGACUUUGCUUUUGCUUGUUACCUUGAUGCUCAGCUCUUGCUGCAGGGUGGGGUUAGAAUUAAAAUACUAAAAUGUCUCCAUUACGGCUUUCAAAAUGAGUGCUUUUAGACAUUAACACGAUUAAUUUCCAUUUGCCAAGAUGCUAUUUGACAUUUCUGAAGCAGGGUCCAUUACAUUAAAAUGACAAAAGCUUUCUUGGAAAGUUAAGAAUAAUUAAGACCAGGGGAUAACUAUGUACCUUACCAAGAGUCCUAUGUCUGUGCAAAGUGAUAUAUAUGUAGUGUGGCCCUCUAUCCAUGUGUGUGGCAGAACUCCAGGAGUGCAUUGCUGGACCAAAAGAAUUCCCACCUGGGUAGCAUAGGGAGGAUAUGAAUUUUGUUCUCUGUACAGACACUUUAAACCACUUCCCUACCUCCUUCCCGCUUAUGGUUCCAACUGUGCAGAGAGUCAGUCUGUAGCCUCUGGCCAUUAAUUUAGCAUAUCACACAAUUAGGCACAAACAUCACAUAACGAAUGACCACGCUCCACAGUUUCAUCAACUAAAGCAGAAUUAAAAAGCAGUGAGUGAUAGCUCUGUUAAGAACCAUUUUGAACACACAGUUUCAUAACAAAAGCUCCUUUCCAAAGAAAAAUGACAAUGCGGGGUGUUUUUUAAAAGAGCUUCUUCCUUAAAGAUGAAGAGCAGGGAACAAAAAUACUCGGAUUAAAAAAUAUAUAUUAAAAAAUUUAUUUGCUUGUCAUCUUUGACCCGUGAUGAAUGUUUGUCUUCAAUAAAAUAUAUUCAUUGUGGCAACUAAAUAAAUAUGUUGAAAAUUUAUUAACAUCUUACGAAACGUUUGAGAAGAAAAUCUACUGUGCUCUGAGUCAGCGACCCAUUGCUAAUCUUUUAAUAAUGAAGGCUGACAUAGGGUUCCUUCUGGCUACAGGAAAACAAACACUGUGGUGCAUGAAUUUUCCAAGUGCUCCCCCCCCCCCGCACUGUUUUUUUUUUAAAAAAACCAACAACAACUAUGGAGGUAUCAUUUGAAUAUGAUAAGAUUAUAUUUAGCCUUCCUGUAAGUAAGCUGACCUAAUCAUAAAGAAAAUGAUUGACAGAUGGUAGACAAGAGGGAAUAAUGAGUCUCUUUUUCAUCUCUCUUCUGAAUCUGAGACAGGGGCAGCUGGUCUUGUUGAUAAUCCUAAACCUUCUGGAAUCAGAUUAAUCAUUGGUCUAUGUUAUGCUGGGAUAACAUUGUCCAUUUAUGUCUUGCAUCUGUCUGGUCUAUCCAUCUAAAUAUGAUUUUGAUGAUAAGAAAUUAUUAUAAAUUAAAGUGCAUUAUUUUAUCAGAAUUGACAGGACUAUGUCUUUGUCAUUAACAAACUUUCUCUUGAAUUCAUUCUUCCAGUUCAUAUUUUUGUGCCUAUAAUUUUGUCAGUUUCUGGUGCUAGUAUAAAUUGCAUUAAGUAGUUCAUGUGGGCCAUCUUAUCAGUAGAGCACACCACACCCUCAUUUGAUCCCCUGUCUUCAGGCAGUCCAGGAAAAACACAGAUAAUGAUUAUGAGCCACAUUGCAGGGAAAUGAGAAUAUCCAGACAUUUUGGGCUUGGAAAAUGGUUAGCAUUUCCCUGUAUUUUUACAGACGCAAAGCCAAUCCCUGAAAAUAUGAGCCCGGACAACAUUCACACUGUUCCAGAUGCUUUGUGUUUGUGCUGCCACCGGAAAAACUUCACUCUGAGAGGAAAUGCAGCUGUGGAAAACGGCAUCCUAGGGACUGAAAUGAGUUUGCAUUCUGGAGGAUCUCCAUCAUGAAUAGAUAUACAACUAUUAAACAGCUGGGAGAUGGGACUUACGGUUCUGUUCUCCUGGGAAGAAGUAUUGAAUCAGGGGAGCUGAUCGCCAUUAAGAGGUAAGAGGCUCACGUAUGUUGUACAACUUCAGCAUUAACUCUUUGGAGACACCGUGCAGCUUAAAUAGUAGGUGACUAUAAGUUGACAACGUGUUUGAAGAUUGUGGAAUCCAACUUUGCUGGCUUUGAAACUGGGCCUGAUCCAUUGGAUGGGGGAGUCCGAAGCAGUGUGAUGUGGUACAAAUAUCAGCAUGUUUGAUAGGCCACUACCAGGGAUCUGUGUUUGUUGCUCUUCAGCAGACCUGUAGGACUUAGUAUUGAGUUAAACUGCAGCUUCUUGAGAAUCUCUGCUUUCUAGCCUUUUGUGGCUAGGUCAUGCCUGUUGAAAUCUCUGAAGUUACUGGAAUUUUGUGAUGGAGUUACACUACCCUUCAUAGCUUCUCAUCUCACUGCAACGAAAUAAAUUAUGGGAAAAGAUAAAUUUACAGACUAUUUUGUGCAAAAUAUGUUCAAUUAUCCACAUUCAGCUUUUCUGCGCAGAAUUUGGUUGCCUAGGUGCAAGUUUAUUUAGCACAGAAUAUAGAAAGCCGUGGCUGUAACCAACCAGUAUGUUACAGUCACAUCUGUCCAGCUGACCAGAUGGCUUGUGAUGGGAUUUUGACUCCCAUGUCAAUGUGGAUGUGUUGUCUGUGCAUGUAUUGUUUAUGUACAGCUUGCAGUAUUUCACAAUGUACUUGUUCAGAACCACAAUAACAGAUGAAUAGCCCGGAGAAAAAUAGCAGCAAUGCAUUUGUAUUGGGAAGGUUGGCAUCAAAUUCAUCCACAAUUCAUGCACUGCAGAUUAAUGCACUGUGCAAGCAGGAAGCUUUGUCUUCACAUUGAGCUAGUUUCAGGGUUUUGCCACAUACUUUUUGCCCAAAUGUUAUUUAAUUUCCUGAUCCUCAGCUUUAGUUGGAUCACAAGUACUUUUUAAAAAAUGUCCUGGCUCUAUGCAUGUUUUGAUGGGCAGAGAUGACUAGAACUGCAGGCGUGUUCCAAAUAUAAUGUUAGCCACAAUCCAGCUAUUUUUUGGUUUGUUUUAGGGUAGAAGAUUGUCAACAACUGCACAUGAACUAGUAGAAGGCAUCAUAUAGUUAGAAUAUGUUUAGUAGCCGUAGUUUAGGUUGAGGUUUGCUUUGAAAUAUUUUUGAACUGCUGCCAGAAUGCCUUGUUUCAGCACAAAUCAGCAAUUUCUCUGGCAUUUUUCUACUAGAGAGAGAGAGAGGUUCUGAUUUUUUCCCCUUCAUUGAGAAAAAGAGAAUAUUCCAUAUUUUUUCUUGUUCUAGAGGGAGAGAAGGAGCCAGUUAUAUUUAUGGCUUGGGAGUAUGUGGCACUUACAUCACCAUAAGGAUUGCCUGAUCAUCAUUUCACAGGGUUGUUUGAAUAAGAUGCUGUUCUUUCAAGUCUCAUUUUGAUUGAGCAGCAGUGGGAAACCUGUGACCCUCAAGAUGUUGAUGAAUUACCACCAUCCCUUACCAUUGGUCAUGCUGGAGUCCAACCACAUUGAGGGGGGCACAGGUUCCCAGACUCUGUGCUAAAGGGUGUUUGGCUUAUUUUCCAGCUAAAAGUGGAAAUCUGUGGGUAGGGAUAACAUUGUGCUUGUAUUAAAUGAAUUUACCCAAUCGCUUGCAUUUGGUGGUGGGCAAUGCUGAGGAGAUGGUACAGUAUAUUUGUAUACAUGUUAUAGAACUGAAGUAUCAUAUAGGAAAACACAAACACUUUAGACAAAAUCUCCAGAUCUCCAGAAUGUGGAAUGGACAGGAUCAUCAGAUCAAACCCUUUACCCUGAACAUAAAACAGCCAAGACCUCAAGAUUUCCCCUUAUGCUGAAAACCUCAAUAUAAAUUGCGGUAUAAAACAAUGCUUAUUUAGGAAAAAGAAUCGACAACAAUAAACUUUAAGAAAUAUGGUUGUGUGCUUUUUUAAAAAAUUCAGCAAGCUGACCUAAAUCACAUGCAAAGAAGAAUACCAUGUUCUCAUUUUGCGUAAUUCUACUUCUGCAAGUCAUGAGUGCCUCAAUUAUCUUAUCAGAGGUUUGCAUGACUUUUAAACCUCUUUGAAGCCAAAAGGAGCAAAAAUACAGAUUAAUUAAUAAAACAAAAACAAAAAAAUAUGUGUGCUGGCCUAGCAUAUGGGUGGAGUCAGUGGCAUGGCGUGGGGGCUGCAGGGGGGGCCGGCCGCACCGGGCGCAACAUCUGGGGGGGGGCGCGCUCGCACUCGCAGCUCUCUGCCCCUACCGGGUUAGGGGGCGCAAAUUACUUACCUUGCCCCGGGUGCUGACAACCCACGCUUCGCCACUGGGUGGAGUGCCAAAGAGCUACCAUUUAGACCUGUGUACAGUGGGGGGUUUUUUUCCUCCCACCACCACCAUAUGUGCUUUAAAAAUCCUCUUAGUAUUGUAAAUGUGUUUCCAUGUGACAGUGGCAGUGUUCAAGAAGCACAAGCCCAAAGACCUUCUUGGACAUGCAGAAUUAGGGUGGUUGUUGGAUCCCAGCCAUAAAAGAAGCACAGCUCUGAGUAUUGUGAGCUUCCACUUAUUCCUUCAUGGACCUAGUACAUGAGUAGUAUCAGAUUGUGAUACUGACUUCCUUACUUUGUGCUUCACAGGAUGAAGAGGAAAUUCUACUCCUGGGAAGAAUGUAUGAAUCUUCGAGAAGUUAAGGUGCGUAAAUUCAAAAUUUGCACUGGAUUCCUUCAGCUUCGGGUAGAGCUGUGGUUGAAAGUCCAUGGUCAGAUGCUGUCUUGGGCAGCAUUGCACAUUUCUCCGGGGAAUUGGAGUGCCUCUCGGCUGAAGAACGGAUUGUGCCAAUGUGCCCACUAUCAGCAUUCAUCUUUACAAGGCCAGAGGAACAUUGGUCAUAACUGACUCUAAGAGUCUGAGAACUUUUUAACAGCCAGGCGCUUAAAUUUAGCAGUAUCUCAACUUAUGUUUCUGGGACAAGCGUUCAUUGUCACUUAUCUUAAAGCCCUGUUUCAACAGUGUCUGUAAUUGUCUUAUCUUGCAUUCCCAGUCCUUGAAGAAACUCAACCAUGCCAAUGUGGUGAAACUGAAAGAAGUUAUCAGAGAAAAUGAUAAUCUGUACUUUGUGUUUGAAUACAUGAAGGAGAACCUUUAUCAGUUAAUGAAAGAAAGGUAUGUUGAUUUCCACCCAAAAAAACCCCCCACCAUCCAGUAUAACUAACCAAAACCAUGAACUACUAUUCACCAAGCACUAUAACUAUGCAAUCGUAAUUCAUGGUAGCGAAAUCACAUCAAGUAUGAUAUUUAGGUUUUUGAACUGAGAUUGCUCAGCUCCCAAUUUCUUGUCUUGGAGGUCCUUGACUGGCAACUGGUGAUAAGUAGGCCAUGAUCCAGUGACAAUGCCCGGAAGGACCAAGGAUGGGGACAGGAAACGCUGCCUGAAUAAUCCUGGCACCACAUGUAUAGCAUGUAAUUUUGUUCUGGUACUCCUAGACUUGAAUGGUUUUAUUGUGAGAAUAUUUUAUAAGCUGCUUCUGAGAGCCUCUUGGUGCUGUGAAGUAGAAUUUUGAGCAGAGCAAUCUGAAAGGGGGGAGGAACAGGAGGACGAAUCAAAGGCAGACACGGUGCCAGAUCUGAUUAAGACUGAAGGCAAUGAUGGGUCACUUUUCCUUUUCCGAUUCCCCAUCAGCAUUGCAAUCUGCAACAACAAAAAUCCCUUCCCAUUGCUAUCAAUGGGAGAGAAAAUAAAUAUGCUAGUUCCAGGUGUGGCAUACUUUUCUCCUCAAACCAGGAGUGUGUUAGAGGAAUGGGAGGUCAUUAGAUCCAGUGGAGCCCACCCAUAUCCACUCCUGGCAUGCUCUUUUUUGCCUUCUCUGCCAUUGCAGCAGCGGUGGUGGAGGAAGAACCACAGAUCUUUCCAUGGGUGCAAUGAGGAUGCCUGCUUCUUGGGCAGAACACCUCUGCCUGCAGAUCUCCUGCUCUGUGCACUGUGGCACCCAGAACGUCCUCCUCCAAUAAGGGAUAUAUAAACGCAUGCUUAUUACUGCUUGUAUAACUGUAUCCAUUCUAGCCUACGACUGUAUCUCCAGUAAAUAAAGAAGUACAGCUAAGAACUCCCUUGUGUGAACAUAAAUCCCCCUCCUAUACUUUUACCUUACAGGAACAAAUUAUUUCCCGAAUCUACUGUCAGGAAUAUUAUGUAUCAGAUUCUUCAAGGACUUGCAUUCAUACACAAACACGGUAAGACCUGACUAAAGGCCAAAUUGGAUGAGUAUCUGUGACUGUAUUGAUGGCAUGGUAGGAAGUGAUAUUAACAAAUACUUAAGAAAUAUUUGAGCAGGCACUAAAGGUUUUUUGUUUGCGUUCAGGAAGGUAAACAUGACUUGUCGAGAGUGGUAUGAGUGAGGCUGAAAACACACUCUUCUCCAGUGUGUUCCAAAAAGGCUAAUGUUCGUUAAACAAAAUAUAUUUAUUGUAGAAUUAUACCAUUUAUUGCAAUUCCUAAUUAAGGCUGCAGCUGGAAACAUCCUUACUGUUGGGGUGUAGCCCCCACUCAAGUCAACAGGACUUGCCUUUGGGUAAACAUGCAACAAGACUGAGCUGCACAAAAUGUAUCUGUAAAGCCUGGUUAUUUGAAUGAACAGUUCUAUUGUUAAACUGACCUCCUACCCCUGUUAGAGGAUUAUGGGUUGAUCAUGGGAUGUCAUCCCAGGCAGGAGCUACAGGGUUCAAGGAAAGCUGCCAAGACUGUUUUGCUGCAAAAGAAGACAGAAAGUUGUGUGGCCAGAUGCCGUCUCUGAAGCCAACGCAGACCACAGUAGUUCUGUGCAAUUCUGGCAAUAAUAAUACUGACCUUGUAUUGUAUCGUGUUGUUAAGUCGUUUUGAGACCUUUGUUUGUAUAGUGAUAAAUGCAACUGUUAGUACUGUUAGUAAUAAUACAGUUGCAUGGUUUACUGAUAUAUUUGAAAUGUCUUGAACAUUUGCACAAUAGUAAUGCUAAGUGUGAUUAUCGUUGUUUUCUUCAUGUUUAGUGAUAGUGAGUGUGAAAGAGAAAUUAUUACCUUUCACACUUUUUUUUUAAAGAAAGAAAAGAUAUUUUACCUGGUCAGAUCUUCACCUCAAAAUAUAAAGCAGUAUUAGAGGAGAACAUUUUGUGGUUUAUAAUAGCUCAGUUUACUCUCUUGGCAACUUCUCUUAAUAAAGUGUUAUAAUGGCGGCAAUGAAAGGAGAUGGGGUCAGAUAUUAUGUAACCGGAGUGAGGGCUUGUUAUUUCCUGAAUAAACUCAUUCCUUGUAACUUCCAAUGCACUGCAGUUUCAGAAACAUGAAACAGUUUCAUAAAGUGAAAACGAAGUGGAUGAUUUGAUAGAAUGGCUUUGUCUAAUUAAUUGCUGUUGUGUUAACUAGAUUGUAAAGCAAUUCAAGUGUGCCUUGAUAGCUCUUUUUGGACUGUGCCACUUGGUUUGACCCUUUCCUGUGGCAUGGAAGAGUUUUUAAUGCUUUAUUAAUGAAUUUCUAGCAGGAGGUCUUUUGAGCAGGGACCUGACCUCAGAUUCUGUUUGCUGUGCCAGGAAUCAGCCCUGGAAGAUUAAGUAAUACUAAAAUAAAGAACCUCAUAGCAUAUGCAGAGUAUACUGAGUCACCUUUGCCAGCUGCCACAUUUUGGGGUUAGGAAACAGACCAUCCAAACACGCCUGAGCUUUAGCACCCCUUUCUCAAAAUUAACCACUGAUUAUUAGGGUUUCCAGAUCUUUAUAUCCCCCGCCCCGGCUCCAACAUUCUAUGCCUUUAACUGCUUUUGCUCUGUGUACAUGAGCAAAUUAUAGCAUUUGAGUGAUUCCCCAACUAUAAGUCAGAGUGGACCCACUGAAAUAAAUUAAUUUAAGUCUCUCAAUUUCAAUGGGUUUGCUCUGUGUAUGAUUAACAUUGACUAUCACCCUUUAUCUCCAUGCCGUAAAAAGCUUCCAUCUACUGCUCGCAGCAGUUUUCUUCCACUGUUUGAAGAGGAGUGGGAAAGCCAGAUAUUUUUUUCCCGGUCAGUCGACAAGCCUGCUAGUAACUAACCACGCAAACAUGCACAAUGAAAUGAAAAUGUGGGCGGCAGAACAGACUGACUAAUGUUUGUUUUCAUAACUACAGGGUUUUUCCAUAGGGACUUGAAACCUGAAAACCUCCUUUGCAUGGGACCGGAACUUGUGAAGAUAGCAGACUUUGGCCUUGCACGGGAAAUCAGAUCCAGACCUCCCUACACAGAUUACGUAUCCACAAGAUGGUAAACACUUGAGCUCAUAUGCCUUAAGCUGUGCUCAGAGUAGAUCAAAUGAAAUUAAUGAACACUACUCAUUUAGGUCUAUUAAUGUCACUGGGUCUACACUGAGUAGGCUAUGGCUGUGUAUGUGGUGUUAAAGAUUACUUCUAUUCCACUCUGAUUGUGAUUUUUGGGAAUAAUUAAGAGCUGUCUGACGCUAACAACUUUUCAGUGCCAGGUUAAGACUUUCCUCUUUAGCCAGGCAUUCGAUGGAAUUUGAGUUCAAUGCUUUAUGUUACUGCCAAUUUGGAUUACUGAUAAAUUCACCCACACUCCUGGAAGCUGGUAUUUCAAGUUUUAAGUUACUGGUUUUAUUGCUCACAUUUUGAUGGCAGUGGUUUCUAACAAUUUUGGACGCUUUAAAACUUGAUUGUAAGUUUUCAUGUUGGUGACACAUUUUUUAGAUGUGCAUCAAUUCUCAACAGUAAUUCAGUUAUACUAGCAAGACGGAGGUAAACUAACCCCUUUCCAGCCCUGGGAAGAGCAUGGGGUAAGGUAAAAGGUAGGUAAAGGACCCCUGGACAGUUAAGUCCAGCCAAAGGCGACUAUGGGAUGUGGUGCUCAUCUUGCUUUUCAGGCCGAGGGAGCCGGCGUUUGUCCAUAGACAGCUUUCCAGGUCAUGUGGCCAGCAUGACUAAACUGCUUCUGGCACAACUGAACACUGUGUUGGAACCAGAGUGCACAGAAACGCCGUUUACUUUCCCACCACAGCAAUACCUAUUUAUCUACUUGCACUGGUAUGUUUUCAAACUGCUAGGUUCGCAGGGGCUGGGACAAAACAACGAGAGCUCAGCCUGUCGUGCGGAUUCAAACUGCCAACCUUCCGAUUGGCAAGCCCAAGAGGCUAUGGGGUUUUAGACCACAGCACCACCCGUAUGCGACACACCUACACAUUGCGGCCAGCACACUAGUGUGUCACAACACACAGUUUCAAAAGCUCUGGCCUAGAGAAUGUCCUGCGUUAGGUGAUUUACAAAUAAAAUAAAUAACAAUUGCUCGGCACCUCACCACUUUGAUUAUAGUUUAGAACUUCAAGGGUUAAUUAUCCCUGCAAGACAGAGGAUAUAUUGGGGAAGAUCUAAGCCCUAGACAGGACAAGCAACCCUUGAAUAAAAUUGCUUCAGCUUCUUACCUUGAGCGAUGCUCAGGGAGGGAGGUUGGGUUGGGAAACAUUUUAGAGGCUCUUGUUUCCAUGCUGGCAGAGAGAAAGGGACCUUUUGCAAUUGCUGUCCAGUGCAAAUGUACUAGUCUGGUGUAAGGUUCUGCUUGGCAUAUUUUGUAAAUGAACCCCGCUGUGUUUCCCCUUCGCUUUUGGCUUUCAGGUACAGAGCUCCUGAAGUGCUUUUGAGAUCCACUAACUAUAGUUCUCCCAUUGAUAUCUGGGCUGUUGGUUGUAUCAUGGCAGAGGUUUACACACUCCGGCCGCUCUUCCCAGGAGCUAGCGAAAUUGAUACUAUUUUCAAGAUUUGCCAAGUGCUGGGGACGCCAAAAAAGGUAACUGUGAGCCUGUCUUCAGUGCACAUGAAGGAGUAUAACUCUGAAUAUGUUCUGUUCUCCCCUCCCCCCUACUAUUCAACUUCUUUUCUGCUAUUGACACUGGAUAGCUGAUUGCUAAGAUGUCUCCAGUUUUAUACAGUCUUGAUAGAGAAAAUAGUAACUUGUACUAAAAAGGAGACAUUGUAUGGGAUGGUGGGGAGCAAAGGGAAGAAAAAUGUUCUGCCUUGGAAUUAAUUCCAGUGGAAUUCAGCAUGCGUGAGAGGAAGCUGUGACCGCUCAAACUUUAGGAGAGCAUUCUGCAUAUGCUUGGAGUCAUUCUUUAUUGUUGAAUUGCUGUCCAUAAGAAUUCUAUGCCAGGAACUGGCUGACAUUACUGUGCCUUGGUGCUGCGAAAGAACACACAUUGCUUAAAUGGUGUACAAGCAUAUAGUGCAUAUUGAUAUGAGAAAGAAAGAUACAAUAAAGGUACAAUGAAUGCAGUAGAAUAACAGAAACAAAAUGCCUGACAACGGUCUACCUAUUGAGUGGCCUGGCCAAAAUAUGGCGGUGAUCAGCUAACCUAGGACUGCCUUACUCUACCCUGUCAUUGCCUUCACUUCACCCUCCAGCUUUCUAGUCAUGAGUUAGGACUCCCCGGUCUUCUCACGUGCUCUUGAUUCUCUGGGAUCACUUCAGCCUCUUACCUGCCCCUUCAAAUGUGUGAGCUGAUCCGCUUGCUUCAAUUAUCCCAGGAUCAGUUCAUUAGUCAGCCAGACCUUAAUGCAAUGUUGGAAACGUUGCUUAUGAGGGCAUGAGGGUGGCAUCUUGAGCAAGGCUGCACCAGCUACAUGGGUAUUCAUUUCCUGACCAGGCAUGCUUCCGUCCUUUUCAGAAUGACUGGCCUGAAGGCUACCAGCUUGCCGGCACCAUGAAUUUCCGCUGGCCUCAGUGCGUCCCAAACAACCUGAAGACCCUCAUCCCUAAUGCAAGCAGCGAGUCAAUACAGCUCAUGAGAGACAUGUUGCAGUGGGACCCCAAAAAGCGGCCAACGGCAAGCCAGGUUUGCUCUUCUUUCAUGAAUAUGUCUUUACAACUCUCUGCCUUGCUGACAGCUCACUCAGAGGAACAGAGGAACUUUCAAAGGUUACAUGGAAGAGUGAGUUCAAAACAUGUGUUGCAGGCUGUUGGUUCUGACCACUAUUUCCCACCUCCAGUCCCAACUCAGUGGAAUAUUUUUCUGAUUCAGGGAAGUCUCAAGUCUCUUCACCCACUGCUGACACAGCUCUGCUUUUCUCUAUUUCUUAUUGCAGUUUCUAACUCUAUACCUCGCUUUGUUUCUUCUAUGCAUUCCCAUCCUUGCUAUUCAGAAAAGGAGCACAUGGAAUUGGAUUUGUGUUCACAUCAGCACCUCUUAAAAACUGCAGCAGGGCGGACAGCUUUAUCUGAUCCUUUAUUUGUUUUCAGUGGAAAUAAAGCAGUGAGAACAAAACUCAUACUUUGAGAAUAAAAGCUGCCUGGCACUAAUUGAUUAACAUGCACUACUAAUUGGUUUAAUCAAAGGGCCCUAAUAAAGUGAGAUGUUGUCUAUUAUGUUUAUGAUUUCUUACCUGUCCUUCACCAUAAGGUCCCAGGGCAGGUUACAGCAAUUUAAAAAACUGUUAAAAAUAAAUUGCAGUCACUGGAAUAGCGUGCAUCCUGAAAAAAACAUUUCUCAGGUGUCAAAUGCCAUGGUAAAAAGGUAGCCCAAUAUGAGUUAUGCCAGAGAGAAGUCUCUGGGCAUACAGACUGUGUGGGGAGGGUUGUGCACAACACCAUAAUUUUUUAACAAAAAUUAAAAUUUUGCACCCAGACAUUCCAGAUUUUGCCUAUAAUUUGUAAAUUGUGCAGAUUAAACACAUUAUGCAAACUGCAAAAUUGUUUGUGGCAUGGAUGAGUUGCUUUUCAUUUUUGCAUAAAUCUGGUUUUGUUGUGGAGGGGGAGAAGGAGGGUUGCAGAACAUGGAAGACCAACCCGUUUCCCUUCUGAGAUUUCAACAGGCAUAUAUUUGUAGCACUAAGAAACCUACUUUUAUAAAAAAUGAAAGCAGCAACUACUAGAAAGUUGAAUUUUGCAUGUGCUAUCAUAUUUUGGGUCUUCCUUGCCCUUAGGUGGUAUUGUGGCAUGCACAGAGCCCCAGAUAUUGGGACUGAGAAACUGCCUGUUUCUGCUUGCUUGCCUCUCCUUGUUUAAAAGAUUUCUCUCCCUUGACUUUUAGGCUCUUCGAUAUCCUUACUUCCAGGUUGGCCAAUUACUGGGCACCUCUCGCUCUACUCAGGAGCUGGGAAAGCAACAGAGAGACCUUCCUGAUAAAGCACAAGUCCACAUGAAACCCAUUCCACCAGCACAGCCUCCUCCUAAAGCACAAGUUCGCCUUUCCUUCAGACCAUUCCAGCAGAACCAGCCCUCCCACUCCCUGAUAUACCCCUACAAAACAGACACCACCGUGAGUGACCAUUUAAGAGAAGACAAGCCUAGCCAGGUGGCUUUGCCAGAAAUUCACAAUAAGAUUCCUCAGCAGGUAAGACACAGUCUUGGAUGAGAUGUCUGCCUUUCUAAAAUGUGGACAUUAUCUCACUCUUGUAUUUUAAAUAGGAUUGGCUGUGUGAUUUUAAGUGCAAAUGCAAAAACAGAUUUCUACUUUUCUUUUUUGUUUCUGGAUGCUAGGAGCUUGUUCGUGUUGAGCUGAUCUUUCCACAGUUGCUCUCAACACAGAGGCUACAUAAUGUUGCAUGAAUGCCGCAGCCUCUCCCAUCUAUUCUGCGUUAGACUUGGGAACUCUUGACUUGGUCUCCAGUGAAAUGGAAAUCAAGAGUUCCUUAGUGUAGAGCAGGCAGGUGGGGCAGACCUUGGCUCUACUGAUACAUGGGGAAUGUUUAUUGAAAUAUGCCUGUUAGGAAGGAUCCAAACUUCUACUCAUUUGAACAUCUGGGUACUGAUGGUUAUACAUGAUCUUCUUGGGGAGGAAGUAUGGUACAACCAUCAAGUGAAGUUGGAGGUCUCCCCAUUUGGAUGACGCGUGCAGACCCAACUUCUUAAGAUACAUGCUACACCUUGCUCUGAGCAGGUAGUUAUGUCUCUCCUGCCCAUGGUGAGGCAGUAAGCCAUGGGCUUCCAUGGCUUUCAGUUGGCUGCAGGAGCUUCCUGCAGCCAAUCAGAAGCCACACUGUGAUUUCCGAAUGUUUUGGAAGUUGAACGGACUUCCAGAACAGAUUCCGUUCGACUUCCAAGGUACGACUGUAAUGGGGAUUUAUUUAUUUGGCAGAAACCGUAGAAGAGAAAAUGAAAGUGAGUGGUGGCCAGUGAGACCAGAUUUUGGCAGUAAAAUCACAGCCCUGUUGCCAAAGGCCCAUUCUCUGCCCACUGGAAGCACUUCCAAUAUUUAUUUUGCUCAUACCGCAGUUCUGAUCUUCACAUGCUUUUCUGUUUUCUUAUUUUCCUCCCACAAUGUCAGAAAGCAGACAUUGGGACAGAGAAGACAAAUGGGGAACUUAAACCAAAGAACCGUCGUAGAUGGGGUCACAUUCCCGGGACACUAAAAGACUCUGAGGAUUGGGAAGACCUGGAAGAUGGAGGUGUUAACUCUUCACUUGCCAGAAAGGAGCUUAAAAACAAAGGGCAGAGUGAUGAAGCUCUUUGUAGGCAAGUUACUGGCCUUAUUUUUCUUUAUUUUUCCAUGGAAGUAUUUCUAUACUGCUGUAUCAUACAUACUGCUGUAUCCUGUGGUAUAAACAUGGCUGGUUGAUUUUGGUUUCAGAUUUGAAAGUAUCCUGGAUCUCAAGCCGUCAGCUUGCUUAGGAACUGGGAACAGCGCGCCUUCCUAUCUUCGGCAGGACACACCAACAUUGCAAGUUUCUGCAGCCAAACAACAUUACUUGAAACAUUCUAGGUAUUUACCUGGUUAGUAAAAAUAAAUAUUUACUAUGACGCUUCGUAAAAUAUGAUAACUCACUUUUGACGUGAGUGAGUAACCUCUAGUUCCAGACGUCCUACUGCUUAUUAGCUGCAAUCCUAACCACACUUACAGGGACUUCAGUGGGAUUUACAUCCCAGUAGAUAUGUUUUGUUUUCAUUAAGCCAUUUCCCUUAAAUUUGCUACAAAAUGCAUUUUUGCAAACUUUAUAUUUAGCAACAAAAAAAUGUUUGGGAAACUAUUUUAUUGCUGACUGUUGAUUAGGUGUUGAUCAAACUGUCUCGAGUUUAUGAUUGGUUGUAAAAUAAUGUUACAUUUGUAUUCCAUCCUUCCUGUAAGUUGCUCAGAGCGCGUUUUAUUUGUGUUUUAGCUUCAAACAGUCCUGUGAAGUAAGCUGAACUGUGGCUUAGUGAAUUGCUCAAGGCCAUAUACUGAGUUUCAUUGCCUGGCAUAGGUUUGUCCCCGAGUUUCCCAAUAUCCAAACCCAUCAUGUAUUGCAGCUGGUUCUUUUCUGGUCUCUCACUAGAACAUGCUCAGCUUACAUUCUCCGUGGACAGCAACCACAAUCUAAUGCCCUUCACAUUUAGGCAUGUUUAACCUAAUUGUGUGGAAUAUCUAUGAAAUUAACAUACAAAAGCAAGGUAUAAUACAACCCCAAAGCGCUUGUCAUCAAUGGGCAACUGACGAGCGAGAUAUGUAUAUAAAUAAAUGUAUUCCUGCUGCAUUUUUACAGCGUCUUACUUCUUAUUCUAGGAAUAAGCACAAGAAAUAAUUUAGUCUCCAGUUCAAGCAAAGAUUCCAUCCCGUCCAAUCCAUGGCCCAGUUCUAAUUUACCUGGAAAGACAUCGGUGGUGGCAGGAGGGAUCACCAGGCUGAACUCCAGUAAGGAAAAGAAAAAUUGUCUUCUUCUUUUUUAGUUCUACCUACUUUGACCUGUUUGCUGACUGCAUUUUGUGAUAGUGAUCCAGUGUUUGAUGUAUUGACAUCCUUGGCUGCUGGGUAUUUACUGCAUAAGACAGACAAAGCAGGGUAAAGUGGCUGUGAUCCUAAGUUUAUUCAUAGCUUUGAUCCAUGCACAUUUACUUGGAAGUAAGUCCCGCUGAGUUGAGUGACAUUUCUUCCCUAAUACUUCUGCAUAAAUUAAAGUAAAUUCCUGCUGGUUUUACACUGAAGAUCAUGACAUCAUAUACAUAAAAUAUCAGAUUUUUUUUCAAAGAUAAAAGUCUCUGAAGAAUCAAUUCAGAAACUUAGGGCUCAUCCACACUUCCCACUGCUUUCCCCUGGGGAAAACCGCUCUUUAGUGCUCAGUGAGAGCAAAUGGCAAUCCAGGUUUUCUCUGGAUUGACAUUUGCUCUGAUUUAGCACUAAGCAGUGGGUUUUCCCUGGAGCAGGGCAAGAUGGAAACUGCUGGGACCUGUGCCUAGAAAGUGUGGGUCAAGCAGAAAGCCACUUGGACUCUAUGCACAGGACAAGUAGAAGUGUGGCGCAGUGCUGGCGCAGUUUCAACUCUUUCUGGUGACAGUACCAUCUUAUCACAGAAAAGGAAGCUAUCACAUCACAUGGGGUGGGACUUUAAGACAAUAACUGGAUUAAGCAUUGGCUGGAUUAUUAACUGGAAUAUAUAUAUAUAUAUAUGUAUGAAUGAAAAUAACUGGAUUAAAUUUUUAAAGGAAAAAAUAAAGGUUGUUUGUGAAAUUUUGUACUGGCCUACUGCAUUGACCUCCGAUUUUCUUUCAGGCAACACAGGAGCCAGUGGGCUAAGGGGUGCUUACAUCCCUUCAUUUCUGAAGAAAGAAGUUGGCUCUGCUGGCCAGAGGGUUCAGUUAGCGCCGAUUAUUGAUGCAUCGUCUUCAGACCCAUCUCGUAAGCUCUUUCUGUUUCUGAAAAUGGUGCUGGGGAGCACAGCAAGAAUGCCACUGCACUGCAAAAUGAGGGCGCUUCAUCUGUGACUAUCUGCAGUCCGUACCUGCCUGGGCUUCAGCCUUUAUCUUGUUCGUAUGACCAUGGCUGCAUGCAAACCCGACAUUGAAAGCGCGCGCACACACACAUAUCCCAAAAAUGCUGGGAACUGAAGUUUGGGAAGGCUGCUGGGAAUUGUAGCUUUGUGAAGGGUAAACUACAGUUCCCAAUGCUUCUUUGGGGUCAUGCUUUAAAUGUAUGGUGUGCAUACAAAGCGCAAGAGGGGCAAUUGUUGAACCAGCUUUCCCACUGUGGAUUAAAGAGUAACUCCAGAAAGAUAGGCAUGCUUUCUGGGAUGCUUCCCAUGUUUUGUUUUGCAGUACCCAGUCAGAUACAUGGAGUUGUACUCACACACUGGGACUUCCCCUUCCUCUUCUCUUCCUGCUCCCCCCACAAAAAAAAAAUCUGCUCCAGAAAGUCCUCCAACACUCUGGAGCCGAUUUUGAGAAUAUACAGAAAGCUGCAGGGGAGAUCAGAUGAAGGGGAAGUUCCAUGGCAACCGAGGGACAGGGCCUGUAGUUGCUAAUAUUGCAAAUCUAAUCUUUUUUCAGUAGUUGAAAUGGCUGAUACAAAAGAGCCACUGUUUGUCCGAAUACCAGCAGACUGAAUUUCCUCUAGGACUACAGACCCUGUUUGUUCUGCAGUUGUAUACCUCUCACACAAGAAUUCAGUGUCCUAAGGAUUUUGGCUUUAUUAUUAUUAUCAUUAUUUCCCCUGGCAAUCAUAUUUCUAGACCUUGUGAUGGCAACAAUGUUGGACUAUAACUCCCAUCAUCCCUGAUAAUUGACCAUGCAGGUUAGGGCAGAUGGGAGCUGAAGUCCAAUAAAAUCUAGAGGGCACCAUGUUGGCUACCUCUAGCACAGAGAGUACUUGGUUAAACUUUAGGAUUCAACAAUGUAAGCAGGGAAUUGAGAGCAUCUCAAAGCUCUGUGUUUCUACCCACAACUAGUGGUAGCAGAAAAUAAGCCAUUUCAGUAAAAAAACAACCUAAAAUACUCCUUUCUUUGGCCCUUGACAGAACCUAGAGCAGUAGCUCAAAAACACCGUAACUUAUUAUUCCAGUGAGGCAACUCUUUGUCCUGUUUUAUUUUUCAUAUGUGAAGUGAGAGAGCAGGUCUUACGGUAUCUUAGUUGACUUAUUCAGAAGCAUUCAACUAAGAUAGUUUAAAAGCAUCUGCAUAGAAAGUUGUGGAUUGGAUUCUGCGUGCUAGUUAAAGUAUAUAAUUUUUUUAAAAAAAGAAUAGCUCUGCUUAUCAAAUUGGUGUACAGUGGUACCUUGGUUUAAGAACAGCUUAGUUUAUGAACAACUUGGAUUAAGAACGCUGCAAACCCACAAGUAGGUGUUUUGGUUUGUGAACUUUGCGUUGGAAGCAGAGCAUGUUUCGCUUCCUGUUGAGUGUGUUCUAUUUGUAAAUUGAGUCCCCCGCUGCUGUGGGAAAGCACACCUUGGUUUAAGAAUGCUUUGGUUUAAGAACGGACUUCCGGAAUGGAUUAAGUUUGUAAACCAAGGUACCACUCUAUUCAUUCAGAUUCAGAUUUGGUGACAAUGGUUUGGAUCCAGAAAAGCUUUCCGUUAAUGGAAGGGUCAAGUGGAGCCUUCUGCAAUCACAAUUUUUUCUUGAUUCUCCACAUCUCUCACACUACUCUGGACAGCCUCCUAACUUCUCAGAGCAAGGGAGCACAGGAGUUCUGAAUCACCCCUCCCAUUUGAAAUUCUCUAAGGAUCCUUUGGUCAAAGUCACCAGAUUCUGUAUCUGAAUUUAACCCCUGAUCCGUUCUCUCCUUUCACACUUCCUCUCUUUUUCCUUUGUAGAAUACACUUCUCUGAAGUCUGUCAGACCUCAUAUAGGGAGGCCGUCGUUUAACAUACCUAUGAAAAGCACACCAGGUCUGCUGCCCCACCCACCUCCAGUUCAACCAGUCCAUGGACGAAUUGACUGGUCUUCAAAAUAUGGCGCUCACCAUUGAACUCUUGAGCUGCAGUAUACGUUCCACGAACAGUGACCAAUGAUAAGACUGUCUCCAGCAAUAUUUUAUACGCUGGCAAUUCUGUCGAUCGUUUUUUUGUAUGACCAAGAAAUUUCAAGACCGUCGAAGAGGGUUUAUUUUUAGUUGUAUGUAUUUGAAAGCAAAUCUUGGACCUUUUUUCUAUCAUUUUUAUUAUGUGAUUGGGCAAUUAUUUUCAUAGAACCAAUACACAUUUGUAUAUCAGGUUUAGUAUUGUGGGUCCCUUGCUUUAUUUGGCAUUUUUAUAUGAUGAACUUGUAACUUUUUAAAAGAAAACUAUUUUUCCUUUUUUUGGCCUUUUUUAUAUAAGUGAAUAAAUGUAGCAGAUUGAAGCAGUAUUUAAUAUAAAUAUGGUGCAGGUAGACAUAAGGGCAUUUACCAAAUACUUUAUAAAGUUAAAUUUUCAACCUGGUAUGUUGGAAAAAUAACCUGUUAAGCUUAGUAUCCAGAGCCGCCUUUCAGCUUCAUAAUUCAGCAGCCACAGUCAUGUUACUGGUCUCGUCUUAGCUGUAGUAAAUCAUAAAAACAACUGGGGCAUGAACUCCUUGUUCUUCAUGUGACUGAGAAUUGUUACAGCUAGUUGAUCAGCAAGAUAGAAUAGUAAAGCUUUUCCUUCAGGCUGCAGAUAAGAGUUUUGUAUGUUCUGAACAAACCUGAAAAACCAAAUCCUUGCAUAUAAAACAUGAAUUUGGCAGGUGAAAAGAUCCAGCCUAUUUUUUCAGUGUUCAUUUGUUCCCUACAUACAGCUCAUAUUGGUUUGGUCCAGGAUAAGCUUCUCACUGCUGACUAUGUAAACUGGAAAAGGGAAAGACUUGUGACAGCAGGAAAUUAACUUGACCACAUGCUUCUUCAUUCUAGCCUCUUUCCACAAUGCAAACUAAACCAUCUACAGAUGGAGUCAUCCUUCAGUGGGAAGCAAUAUGGGUUGCAAGAGUAGCAAGGCCCUUGGAUAAUAUUUAAAGCAAUAUUAAAUAUGACAAAGCUGGUUCAUAGAGUAAUAUAAAUGGAGUAUUAAGAUAAAUACCAGCAGCAAAGUUAAAAUAUUUUUUUUAUAUUCCACACAGCCUACAUUUCAUUUUUAUGGCUUGCCUUUUUGGAAACGCAGCUUAGCGACUUCUUUUACAGGGUUGACAAAAUUUAUCCUUUAUAUAAUUUGAGGUUUACAUUAAGAAAUGAGUUGACAUGCAUAUUUAUAUACUGUAAUUUUAGGAUCGAGUUCCAGCCGUUCUAGAAUGGCCAGAUUUUAGCAGAUGUCAGUAAGCCAGAAUUUUAAAGAUUGAAGCUAUACAGCAGAACAUGGUAUAGAAAAUGGCAGGUUCAAACCUAUGCAUUGUUUUUAAAUGAAAACAAAGAGUUGAAAAAGUUUUAAGGAGACUGCCCUGCUUGGCAAGUGUUCAGCUGAAAUGAUACAUCAUUUUUUAAACUGAGGUGGGAGGAAUGGGGAUUAAGAUCUCAGCUCACAGAAAAGGCUCUUUCUCAGGGAGAAAUAAUUACCCAAAGCCAGUAGAUGGGUGUUUCUGUCUAGGCAGUUUUUGAGUAUAGAAUGAGCAUCUUUUCUACGUCUUUGUGUCCAAUCUGUGGUAGGAAUCACGCUGUGUCUUGAGCCAUAUUCUGCCAUUGCACCUUCUCCGUCAUCCAUGAGGGCAGGAGAUGCAAGUAGGCAUGCUAAAAUUGUGUGUCAACACCUUCCCAUUCCGAUGAUCGGCUGACAAGCUGAAGGAAAGUUCCGUUUCUUUUUGCAUUGUGGUGUCUGGCCACUCCUUCACUAAAAUACAAACAAUUCUGCUUCAAGCAUUUCCACACAGCCAGCGAAAGAGGUGGGCAGAUAACAGAAAUGCAGAGGGAAAUUGAAAGCAGAGCUAUGGAUGAUUCUCUCACAGAAAACAUAGGGUGAAGUUGGCAAUCAAACAGCUAGGAUGGCAACAAAGGUGUUGUCAGUUUUUUUAAAAAGCGUAACAGCUGCAUUGUUCUUUAAUGCAUGGAUGUGAGACCUACAGCCCUUCAGAUGUGGCAGGACUCCAGUUCCCAUCAACCCCUGCCAGCAUGGCCAGUGGUCAGUGAUGGUGUAACAUGCAUUCCCAGGUUGCCUACCUCUGCUCUAACCUGUCACAGGCAACAUCCCAACUCCAUAACUUUUGGGAAAUCAGCUUUUUUUUUCUCCAGAAGAUAAUAGGAUAUGAACUCAUCACUUGCCUUCAGCUGAACAGUUGCUAUCUCCCUACCCCAAAAUAACAGCAUUUGGGGGUUAUCCCACCAGCUGUUUCAUUUCCCCUAUUCCCUUUGUUAUUGAGGGAAAGUUCGUACGUAGUUUUGGUUUCUGCAACCAUGGAAACACAAGACUAGCAGCUAUUUCCCUCUCUCCUGUACACGAGCUAUAUUUGACCAGUAUUUCCUAUUUGUAGUAAAGCACAAAAUGGACCAAGAAGUCGUUAUACUUUCUUAUCAGAGCCUACACAAAGCCUUGCUCUGUUUCAUUGCAGUCCUCGGUGGCUGCUAUAUGAGACAGAUGAAUUUGGAAGGAGAUAAAUUUGACCCAUUUUUAAUUCUGCAGUGACAACGCAAUUUUCAAAAUUCAUUUAUCAAUGAGAUAACUAUAACCUGUUAAAUCAAUUUACUACUGACAUGGUAUUUGUAAAUCCUCUGUUGUGGUAUUUGUAUAUUCUUUGGUUCCUGCUUCAGGCACUGGGACAAACAGAAACAUACUUUUGCUUUUAUACUGUUUAGAAAAAUAUGUGGAGGGUCCCCUCCAAUGGAAAGCAAAAUUGCCAGUAUUUAAUGGAGGAUUAUUUCAUUUAGAACUUUUUUUUAAACGAGGACACUAGAGUUACUAAUUAUUAAAUGGUUUAGCUUAUAUUUAAUUUUGCUAAUAUGUUUUCCUUAUUAAGCUGCAGUUCUCACCACAGUUACUAAGGAGCGAACCCCACCGGCAUUUACUUUUCAAUAACUGCUUAGGCUGUAAUCCUGUUGGCUCUCUUACCUGAAAGUCCUUUUCAGUUCAGUACAUGUGUAGGAUGUUCAGGCAUGUAAAGGAUUGCAAUGUAAGGAUCAUGAUUGAUAAUAGCCCAGAAAUGAGCACUGCAACCCCAGAGUCGUCCGCGACUGGACCUAACAGUCAGGGGUCCCUUUACCUUUACUAUUGUCUGAUUGCUUAACUCUGCAGUCCUGUACAAAAUUACCUGGUAGUAAGGACCACUUGUCCAAUUCAGUGGAUCUUACUUCUGAGUAAGCACAUAUAACAUUGUACUGCAAGUUUAACAGAUAAGUCUGGAGCAGUUUACAGUGACACAACUGUCACUGAAUUCAUAUAGAGCACCUCUGCUUGAAGUACAUUUUCAUGAAUUCUUACGCUUAUAAUUUGAAUUGACAACAUAAUUCCCUGGAGAGCAAUAAAGCCUUAUUUCCACUUCUCCUUGGUUUGUGUCACAAAAAAUGAUAAAAACCACAAGCGGUAUCUUACCCCGAGAUCUGACCAAAAGCAACAUCUCUGCCAAAUAUGCCACAUGUUAAAUGUUUUCACUUAGCAAUGUUUGUGACGCCUCUUCAUGUUUGAACCAUUUGUCUUGCAUGCUAUAGAGUAGCUGGUGGGUGCGAAGAGCGUGUAAGACACUUUAUUCUGAAGUAAGAUACACUCAUCUGUUCCAUUUCUGUACUACAGGUUUGUUUUAAAUCUUCUGCACUUAAAUGAAUGGGCACCUCGACCUCCUUAAAUUUGUUUUUCUUCAAGUGAUUAAGGCUGCAAUCCUAAACCUGCUUGAAGAGUAAACGUACAGUUUCCUACAUUCAACAGCACUACACUGGCUUAUAAAGUUGUUGAGGUUUAUAAAAACCGGUUAUUGGUUUAUAUUUGUGAUGAUUAGUCAAUAAUGUAUCAGUGUUGAAUAGCUCCACUCUACUCACACGGUGACUCUAGCACAGUUUGUGGAUCACUACAGCCAAGGAACGCUUUAGUAAAAACACGAAACAUUGUGUGUCUUGUAGCCAAGGAAAAAUAUGUAUGGAGAAUAAGUACAAAGUUAAAUGUGAGUCAACGGGUAUAAUUGGGUAUUGAAAACCUAACAUGUUUUCUACUUAGGGGUCUUUUGUGGGGUUUUUUAAACAAAUGCUUGUUUCCUUUUGUGUCACGAGAGGCUUCUUCCCGAAAUAAAGUGUUUCAAAAAAUCAUGUUUUUGAGUAGUGUUGAAUAAUCCCUGCAUUCAGUGAAAUUUGGUUGUGCCCAGUGCUUUUUUCCAGCUGAAUGUAGCACCUCUCAGGUGGGUGCCAUGGUCAUUCUAAGGGAAGGAGGGAGGUGUUCAUGGUGAGUUCUUUUUCUAGAAAAAUACCACUGGUUAUGCCCUCUAGUGUUCAGUGCCUUUCCUCUUCUACCUUUACACAUUCGGAAACUAGUAAAAGACACAAAUAUUUAGCCAACGUUCAACUCUUAAUGGCACCAUUGAGACUAUUAAAUAAUAAAAUAAUAAUCAGGAUAGCACUCAAGGGCCAGUUCACCUCUCACCAGCUUGUACCACAGUCAUGUUCUACAUUCAGCAUGCAGCUGACAUUGUAGUAUAAUAAUAAUAAUAAUAAUAAUAAUAAUAAUAAUAAUAAUAUUAUAUUUCCCCAGCCACUCUGGGCGGCUCCCAACAGAAUAUUAAAAACACGAUAAAACAUCAAUCAAAAAUACUUCCCUAAACAGAGCUGGGCUGGCUUCAGCUGUCUUCUAUAAGUCAGAUCGUUGUUUAUUUCCUUGACAUCUGAUGGGAGGGUGUUCCACAGGGCAGGUACCACUACCAAGAAGGCCUUCUGCCUGGUUCCCUGUAACUUCGUUUCUCGCAGUGAGGGAACCGCCAGAAGGCCCUCAAAGGAGGACCUCAGUGUCCGGGUAGAACGAUGGGGGGUGGAGAUGCCCCUUCAGUAUAAGCUCUCCCCAAGCAAUUGGGAUGAAUCCUCAGUAAGUAGGCUGUUGGGAACAGAUCUGUGAAAAAAACUCAUCCCAGCGACUUUGGCUGAGAAGAAUAAAGUCCCUAGUCCCACCCAUAGUUGUCAGCUUUCAGAUUUGAAAAUAAGGGACCAGCAGCCUCAAAAAUAAGGGAUCAGCAGCCUCACCUGUCCCGGGGACAGUCUACGGGAUAUCUAACAAUCCGUGAUAGCAGCGGGAAACGGCGCUGGAAUAAGGGAAUUUGCCGCAAAAAAAGGGAAGGUUGACAGCUAUGGUCCCACCCCUAAGACUUCUGUCGACUCUCAUUCCUCAGUUUUUUUAAAGCAGAGAUUGGCCGCCUGUCAUGGGUGCUUUAGUUGAGAUCCCCUGCAUUUCCAGGGUGUGUGUGGCUGGGGUUGCACUAGACAACCCUCGUUAUAGAUAACUCUUAACACAUUUAUUUGGAAAAAGACAGGUAGACAUAUUUAUGCUGUGUUGUGUUGGAUUGGUGUACUGUAAUGUUGGAUUUCCAACAUCAUAAAAUGCUUGUGUUUCUCCUCCCACACAUACAAGAACAUACAGUUGAAUAUAAUACGUUGCAUAAAUUUUAAAUUUCGCCUUAUGAAAAGAAUGGCAAACUGCCACAUGCAGCGCCUUACUUGGAUGUGUCUGGAGUCUUGGAAGCUUGACUACCCUACGUUCUCCUACAAAUGGACCUUGAGCUUGUUUGGAGGUUCUAGCAGGGGAGCGCAGCUAUCGUAUACCCUUGACCGAAGAACGGUACACUCCUUCUAUCUGGGAUGGUCGUCCUCUUCCACCGAGCGCGCAGCUUCGGGAGGGACGCACAUGGAGCGGUGAGGGAGGAAGGGGACACCCGCCUAGCCAGCCAGAUCAGCCGAAUCAACCCUGGCGAUCAAUGGGGUGACAGAUGUCGCAGCCAGAUCGCCCUCACAUCCAGAGAGGAAAGAGACCUAAUGUCUAUAUAUACCUCUCGGGAGCCUGUUGCUCUAAAGUCAUAGUGACUCUGAUCAGCUUGACUCGCUGUGCAAAAGUGAAAUUCUUACUCGAACGCUGAAAGAGAACAUUAAAGAGCGUUCUGCAAAAUCGGGUUGGUUUUAUUUAUUAUUCCGAUUAUUUUGGCCCUCGCCCUCCUUCCCAGGUUGCACUGAGCCACAUGCAAAUUAAAUAUCUUGCUACUGGCUGGGCCCUCUCGUCUUGCCCACGCCCCCUUGCCUGCCGUGCACAAAACGGCGAGGGAGGCGUUGCCUGCUCCUGGACUGCGAGCGCCUUCAGCAUUUGCAGCUACCGCCGAAGGUAGGGUUCCUUGUUCGCAGUUGCAGCAGCCAUGCACGUGUGCAGGAGUGCAUCGUGUGAAGAGCUGCAAGGGGGGUUGGCACGGGACGAGAGGCGCAAAAAAGUUGCCCGUCGAUGAUGAUCGUGAUGGAGAGUGGUUAGCAGCAGUAGCUCCACCAGGCCUGUUGCACCCAUCCAUCGGGUUGCCUUUGAAAGGCACCGUGAACGUAGGAAGGGGAGCUAAGCUGCAGUUUGCCCCAGCGCUGCUUUGGCUUUGCGCAUUUGCUUUGCUACGUUGCGGGUUUGGAACGUGGAGAGCCAUUCCUGGGCUGGGCUGGAACUGGGUGGGAACUGAGCGUUCGAAGUUCGAAGCCUUUGAUGUGCCCAGAUCAAAGCUCUCCGCUGGAAGUGGGUUGCUAACAUGGGUUGGUUACUGAGACUUCGCGAUCCAGUUCUAAAGCAGCAGGGGGGGGGGGCUGCAUGCCGCAGCCCCAAGUCAGAGGGGCAGUGAAUGCACUUUUAUUUCCCUCCUGCUUUCAGCUGCCCAUGAGUGGGAGGCUCUGUAAAAGAUCCAGAGGGCUUCUCACCUGUAUGGGGCGCCUGCAAUGGGGGUAGCCAACGUGCCGCCCUCCAGGUGUCGCUGGACCACAAGGAAAGGUUUAUUAGACUAAAAACCGCUAUUUGUGUUUGUAAAAUAAAUAAAUGUGCAAUUUGCUUUGACCAACUUGCAACUUGCAAACCAAGCACGGAGCGGGGAUGGCAGGGUGCAUGCCUGUUGCAUCAUUCUCAAGCUGCCCUCGCACAUGAGAAGGGCGCAACAGGGCAGGGGACAAAGCUGGGAUCGCAGGGUGCCGUGAGGAUUGUGCCCUUCCAAAAAAAAACCUGCCCAGGGCAAGAUCUGGGCACAAGAUUCCUGCAUUUGCAAGGGGUUGAACUAGAUGACCCUUGUGGUCCCUUCCAAUUCUACAAUUUGAUGAUUCGAUUAUUCCUGUAGGGGCGACACAAUUCCCUCUAGUUCAACAGAUUUUCCCAACCCUCCAUACUUGAAUCAGUAAGUUUCAGCAUGUUAGCUCGCUUCCACCCAUCUCCCGUCAGGACUUCAACUGCAUCCCAGGGUUUUCUACAUGGUGGAAAGGAGCUGCGUUUCCUACAGAUAACCCAUCUGCUCUGGAUGAUAUCUCCCAUGGAUGCUGAAAAGCAUGGGAGGCAAAAUGGAGCUUUGAAGAACUCCAGGGGGUAGCUCAAAAGUCCCCUGGAACAGGAGAGAGCCCUUUUAGAAAAAUUAGAGUUGUUUGAGGACAAAGCAAAGGAGACAAAUUAUCUUUGAUUUUAUUAUGUAUGUAAAAAAUGCUGUACACCAUCUAACUCUUCCUCCAGCAUUUGAAUGGAUCAAGUAGAUUCAAUGAAUUGGAGUGCUAGUAGCAGCAUAUCUGUGUCUUCUCUUUAUCGCCCCUUCUUUCUGAUACUAGAUCCCCAUCUAUAACAUUCUAUUGGUGCCCUGUCUUCUGUUUGCUGGUGGUUCUAGCAGUCUGACAUUUAUCUCUUCCUUAACAUUUCACACGGGGUGUAAGUUGACUUGACUUUAUUGUGUAUUGUUUUGGAUGUCCUUUGUAUCUAACUACAAUUUUUUAAAAUUUUUUUUAAAUAGUCCCCCAGCACUACUUUUUAGAACUGCCCCCUCUUCUGAACAAAGGACUGGCACCCCCAUAGCACCAGCCCUCCAAGUCCCAUCUCAGGGACAGCCCAUAAUAAUACCAUGGUCAGUAGUAUUGAAAGCCGCUGAGAAGUCCAGGAGAACAAAAAGGGAGAACUUUGCCUCCCAAAUUGCACUUCUCAGAGUCAGUUAUCUGCUAGAAUGACUUCACACCAAAAGAAUUUGGUUCAAUUAAAAAAAUACCACUGCUUAUCAUUUUGUUUCUCCUUGUCUUUUCUGACAACCAUGAUGCCAAACUAAUGAUAUUCAGGGAGCAGUAAAUAUUGCCAAAUGUGGGGGCUUAGUUAACCUUCAAACACUUGCUUGUUUCUAUUGUUGGCUUUCGAAACCAUGUUUUUGUGUGUGUGAGAGAGGAGGAGCCAACAUGGCGCCGAGGUAAGACGCGCUUACCGGUGCUCUUCGGACUUCUUUUAAUCUUUUUUAAUCUUUUAUACUUUUAUCUCAACUGACUCAGUCAGUUUUUGAAGUAUUUUAUAAUUGCUGCAGCCGCAUACCUUGGAAACUCUUUGAGAGAUUUGGCCCUGCUCCAGACUGCUGCAAGCCGCUCUUUGUUUCUCUCAUAUCAGCGGGCUGGCUUUAGCUGCUAAAGGAGUUGAGAACGCCAUUAUCUUAAUUGCGUGUUAAGUGUUAUGUUAUUUUAAGAAUCGUAUAAUCUCUGGCCUGAGGAAAGCAUGGGUCAGAAAAACGCUUGAGAGACUUUGACGAGCCCCUAUCAUCCCCUAAACCAAAACUAUCAAGGUUGGUGCCACACCGGAAUGGAGGAGGGAGUGACCAUGCCGAGCAAUGCUUUGCAGUGGAAACCCAAAAUCGCUUCCAACCUCUAAUUGAUUUAGAAGCUACUCCGAUUCCGAUGACUCAAAAUGUUUCAAAUGUAAAGCCUGUAAAGGAGAAUACGAAAGAAAAACUCUCAUCGCAGGAAGAUGGUUUGGCAUCUGUUAUGGGGAGUUCCCCAGUUGUGAGCAGUUACACUUAGUAAUUAAGACCCUUCACUGUAUUUUUAAAAGGCUGGACGAGGUAUCUUCACAAUUAUCCAAUAUCCUGCUGAAAAUCGGAAAACUUGAAUCAACAACACAAUCCUCAGUUUGUGAGGUCAAAAACUUAUUGCCUCACCCCCAUUCAGAUAAAAUACUGGAGACUAAAACUAAAUAUGUCUUAAAUUCCCAAUUGAACAAUCAGAUAUUAACUUUGCAACCCAAGAAAAGUUGCCUUUCUGUCAGGUCGGAAAUAGGAAGAUGGUCAACGCUAGAAGGAGCUAAAGACUGCUUAAGCAAACUUUUAAAAAUUAAGAAAUAUCAGAUUGACCUAUAUGCUGUAAUGCCCCUUCCCCGGCAGACCAACUUCUUGAAGGUGAUACUUGCGUUCCACUCUGAAAAGAUACCAUCUAUUAUUGUUAGGAGGAAAACGCUUUUGUCCAUGGCCGACAUUGUAGCAACGAGGGUUUUUACAGACAGCAAGAUCAAACCCCUUCUAAAUAGGUGCCCUGGCGGUGAGGACAUUAGGACAAGAGACUCUGCCUUACCUCAAAAUACUGUCAGGCCCAAUCGCGAUGACUCUGCAGCGUGCCAUCCGCGACCAAACUCGAUACCCUCUCAAACUGCUAUAUAUGAGGAUGAUAAUCUGCAGACUGCCCUCGACGAAAGGGAACUUAUUGAUUCAUUCAGAGCCCUUCCUCCGAAAGAACAGUCGGUGAUGAUGCAAAGAUUUGACACGCUUAAAUCUCAGCUUUUGCAAGUCCAACAUAGAGGGGAAGAUACUAACGAUGUCUCAAAUAAUCCCACUUGGGCCCACCGGACAGAAGUGGUUGACCUUCUUCAGCUCAGUCCCACUCUGAAUUCAAAAACCAUCCGACAAGACUCAAAUCUUCAAGUUGCUUCUGCAGCGUGCGCUACAUCACGAGACGACCAGGCUCUGCCAUCCUCACUGAACCUUCAUCUAUAUUCAUCAACCAACAUAUCUAAGGACGAAAUUCUGAUUUCCCUGCUUGACUCAAAUCCCUCUUUAACUCACUCAUCUAUGCCAGAGCUAGAAUCUUCUCCGGUUUCGUCCAGAUAUAGAAGUAGUCCACAAGUGAUGCCCCUGAGAGAGUCUUCCGCAAUUUCCACCUCCGUGAUGCCCCCUCAAUUACCUCCUUCAAAGGAAACUGCGAAUGUUACACCUCGGGACCCGCCGUCAGAAAUGAUUGAAGACCCGAUGGGACGCAUCAAUAAAAUAAUCCGAAUGUCGGAUGACAAAUCUGCGAGAGGGUUUACCCCGACGGACUCAAUUUCCCCUACCUGGGUAUUUCUCUGUCAAGUUGUACCAAGAAUUUCGAAAUGAAGAGACUUCCUGUUCAGAGACCUACUUUCAGUGGAUCAUCCACGGUGUGCCAACAGUCGAACCAAAUUGUUAAAAACUUUAAUUUGCAGGGCGCCUCACAGUUACCAUCCUCCCAAAGUAAAAUAACUGACUUUUUUGUUACAUCUUCUGUCUCUAACAGAGAGUCUGCCCCCCCUCCAUUUUGACUGUUAAAAGAACAACAUAGAAGUCCCCAGCUAGCAGUCCUAAGUUGGAACAUUGCUGGCUGGAAAAGGAAAAGAUUAGAUCCCGAAUUUCUGUCCUAUAUAAACUCUUUCCAGAUAAUCCUUUUGCAAGAAACAUGGGAAGAAGAUAAAAUAGAUAUAAAUGGCUUUGAACUGAUAUCACUUCCAGCUAUCCCCUCCCAGAAAGGUGGCCGGUCCAGAGGCGGUCUUGCAAUCGCCAUAUCGCUUAAAAUGAGAGCUAAACUCUCGCUAGUUCAUACCUUUCCUCCUUUUGCUUUUACUGGUCUGAUUUCAAGUGAAAAAUUCUCACUAUUAAUCACCAAUGUUUAUCUUCCUCCAGGUGGUCUGAUAUCAGACCUUCAUUAUAGAUGGGAUUCUCUGGAAGAUCAUUUAUUGGCAUGCUAUGUUAAGUACCCUAAUAUUCCAUCGAUAAUGGGUGGUGACUUCAAUGCACGUACAGCUGCCAACUGGAAUGGGAUAAUUAAGGCCAAGUGGUGGGUAUCUCCCCCCUACCCAAAAUCUGAUUUAAUCUCUUUCACAUCAAGAAGAUCUAAGGACAACAGAGUGAAUGAGGCGGGAGUCCUUCUUUAUCAAUUGGCCAUUCGUAUGAAUUUGAACAUUCUAAAUGGCAACUGCCCUCCGGACGUGCCAGGUGAAUUCACUCAUUUGGGCACAAAAUCAAAUAGUGUCCUAGAUUAUCUUCUAGUCUCAGAAGACCUAUUUUCAAAUUUCUUUUAUCUCAAAGUAGAUAAUGUACAAUCCAGUGAUCACCUACCUCUAGCGGCCAAGCUAACGCUUGACUGGCACCCGGUUAGCGGAACACACCCAAUUCAUGUAGGUUUAAAUGCCACAGCUCAAGUAAGAGGCAUUAAAUGGUCCAUGAAACAGGCCCAAAAUAUGCAGAAUUCUUCCAGAGGAAUAGCUCCGAAUCCCUUAUUGUUUCAUUGGCGGAGCUGUCUGAACCAAAUAGGAUACUGGAGUGGUUCUCCCACUUCUCUGCAGAUUUAACUAGUUUCUUUACGAUGCCGGCUCACCUCGCUAACCGUGAUCAACCCAGGUUCGGUGCACCUUGGUUUGAUGCCAAAUGUAAGCAAGCUAGACUCUCUCUCUGUUGUAUCUACAACAGAUAUAAAGCCUCUGGAGCUGAAACUCUCCCCCCAGAGUACUUGCAGGCCAAAAUUGCUUACAAACAGGCUCAGAAGUCAGCCAAGCACGAGUGGCAGCUAAGACGUUGGCAAGCGCUGAUUGCUGCCUCUAAGCUUCGCAGCUCUCGCGGUUUUUGGAAUUUAAUCAACAAAAGAUCGAGGAAAUACCCAUUGACGGUUAUCCCAGCCCCGACAUGGGAACAAUUUCUAAGAAAAUAUUUCUCCCAGACAGACAUCUCUAACAUCCAAUCUGAUACUCUCUCAAGUCACUUGCCCAUAUGGCCAGAUACUGACCCGGAGGAAAUAGUAGAUUUAAUUGCCAAACUGAAAACUGAUAAAGCCCCAGGGCCCGAUCUGAUCCCGGCGGAAGCUAUUAAACAACAUCCAAUAUGGUGGGCUAAAAUUCUUGCAAAAAUCUUUGAUGCAAUCAAUGCCACGGGCCAGAUACCUACAUCAUGGAAGGAGUCCAUCAUAAUUCCUAUAUAUAACACAGGACCACCAGAGGACCCAGGAAACUAUCGUAAUAUCAGUUUAUUAUCAAUCAUCGGAAAAAUCUACACUCGCUUCUUGCUAACCAGACUAACCCAAUGGGCCGAAGAUUCCAAUCUGAUAGGCCAUGAACAGGUCGGGUUUAGACCAAAUCGCGCUUCUAUUGACCAUGCUAUAAUUCUAUAUCAUUUGGCGCGGAAAUAUUCUUCCCCUACUCAUGGUCUUCUAUGUGCCGCUUUUAUAGACCUGAAGGCGGCUUUUGACAGUAUCUCUAGAGAGCUGUUAUGGGAAAAACUGGCAAAGUGGGGCAUAGAAAAAAGGCUGUUGUGGCUAUUGAUUAAAUUACAUGAAGGGACGGCUGCUAGGGUGAGGUUAACACCUGAGGGCGAUCUAACAAACUCAGUUCCAAUAAACAAGGGGGUACGACAAGGGUGUAUCCUUGCCCCCUAUCUUUUAACCUCUAUAUUAGUGACAUGAGGACGCCCCUAGCUGAGGCCCAAACCUCCAUUCAUGCACCCAGGCUUGCAGACUAUCGCUGCCCCUUAUUAUUGUACGCUGACGAUGCGGUGAUCCUCUCUUAUUCUCGAAUCGGUUUGAGGAGGGCCCUUAAGAUUUUUGCAUCAUAUUGCCAAACAAAUUUACUCACUAUUAACCAUUCCAAAUCUAAAGUCCUAAUUUUUUCCAGGAGUCGUAAACUGUAUAGAUGGGAACUUGAGGGGAAGCCAAUUGAACAAGUUUACAAAUUUCAAUAUCUAGGAAUUUACUUCCAGUAUAAUAUGGGAUGGAAAGCGCAUAUCACAUAUUUACAAAACAAGGUGAAAGCCCUUAUCUACGCUAUACUACGCUUCUUCUUUACUGAGGGGGCUAUGCAUGUUCCAUCCGCCUUAAAAGUUUAUAGUGCAAAAGUGGUUGCAACUAUGGCCUAUGCGGUCCCUUUAUGGGGCGUCUUUGUAAACCUCUUGCCUCUGGUGACAUUGCAAAAUCUUUUUCUAAGACGCCUUUUGAAACUACCCUCCUGUGUAAGCAACUCUGCCAUUCGCUUAGAACUUAAGACCCCCUCCCUUGAGAUUCUGAUGUGGAGACAUGCCUUUAAUUAUUGGCUGUCCCUUUGGCAUAAAUUGCCAAACUACCAUCUUAUUCAGUGCCUUUGGAGAGAUGAAUUCACCAGCCCAUGGGCAACAAAAAUCCAUUCCAAACUGUUGUCUUAUGGAAUCUCUCCCUCCGAUAUACUUAAUUUAGAUCUAAUUACAGCUAAAAAGGUCAUCAAACAAAGAUUGGAGGAUGUAGAUUUACAACAAAAUCUUACCACAGGUGGAGGUACAUGUUCCCCGAUAUAUCAGGGCAUUACAUCUAUGUCCCAGAUACCUCGAUAUCUGUCUACUUUAUCGGCUGCGUCGCAUAGAUUCGCAUUUGUUAGAGCCAGAUUUAAUGUGUUCCCCUCAAAUGUGCUGAGCAAUAGAUUUUCUAACGGUAAAAUCUCUGUUUUGUGCGCAUGUGACAACAAAUCGAUAGAAUCCCUUUAUCAUAUCUUGUUUAAUUGCCCCUUAUACAAUGUUCCCCGAUCAAGGAUCCUGAGUUCAAUCAUCCUGGAAAUUGCUGCUAAACCACCUGAAUUACAUCUAGCUUAUCUACUCCAGGACAUUGACUCUUAUAGAACUUUACAGGUUGCUAGAUUCCUGAUCUCAGUUCUGUCUUAUAAAAGACUUCAGGGAAUGCUGCAUGACUAUUAAAAAUUCAGUAAACUCUAUGCACCAUCUUUAUCUUCAAGGCCAUAACACGGUACAGUUAGAGAUUAUGCGUUGAAAUAUUUUAGUUGAUAUUUUAGAUUGUAAAAUGCUAUUGAUUUUAUCUAUUGAUUUUUAUCUAUUGAUUUGUUUUACCUUGUGGGCUUAUAGCCGAAUAAAGUAUUAUCUAUCUGUGUGUGUGAAAACCCACUUGAGAUUUUUAUAUUCGAAGAACAAUCUGUUCCUUUGCUUUUAUGCAUCUACCAGGUGGGUGAGUUCAGUUUGUUCAGUCUGACCCUUCUAAAAAAAACCCCAGAAUUUGAACUGAGAAUGGGGAAAUAAGAGUACAAUCAGUGGUACUGAUUUUAUGUCCCAUAUUUGUUGGCAAGGUGUCUAAGGCAUGCUGUCUAAGAUAUCUAGGGAAGGGUAAUAUUUUUUCCACUGGUGCUUUCCACAAAACUGGUAUAAUAUGAACUUUAGUAAAGUGGAUUUGUUUUGUUUCAUCACUGGAUACUUUGUUUAGCAAUCAUCUUAAUUUCAGUGUUUCAUUUCUCCCUCCCUCCUUGUCGCCCAUUCUUCCAACCUUUCUGUGAAAGUUUCUCUCUCCAAUUGACACUCAUUUCCCCCCCCUAAUUCAUCUGUGUCACUGAACAUUUAUUCCUAAAAGUCAGAUGAAAGUGGCAAGACUUCAGCUCCAUGUCUGUGCACAAGUGCAAGGUUUUUCUACACAACAAUGGUCAGUGUGGGAGAAUCCUUAUAUGUACUGUAGCUUGGUGGGAGGGGGGGAUUAACCCUUUGCCUGAUCAGAUGCCCCAUGUCACCAGGUGGCAUAGGAGACAAACCUUCAAUCAAAGCAAAUGUGAGGUUUUUUCCUUCACUAUUCACAUUUCUGGUGUGUGGCAUUGAGACAGGGACCCUAGUGGUUAAAGCCCACUAACUCUUUACCAUGGUCCCGAUCCAGAUUUGGUGAGUCUGCACUGGCAAUUUGUGUAAGUAAUAAGCUGCACUUAAGAGCACACACCUAGUUAAUGUAUCUUCUAGUAUGGCCCUAAGUCACAACCAGCAUUCCAGGUGGUAUGAUCCUGAAACCCCAUAGGAGCAGCCUUGGUGGAUCCUACUCAAUGCCAUUCUAGCCCAGCAUCCUCUUUCUGACAGUGGCCAAUCAGAAGCCUCCAGGAAUCCCACAAGGCAAUAAUCACGUUCUGUUCUUGCCCCUUGGCAACUGAUGUUCGGAUAAAUACUGGCACACAACAUGGCAGUUCUUUACCUUUCAGGGCUAAAAACUUUUAACAGACCUAUUCCUAUUAUUUGUUUGUUACAAGGCAGUGUAUGUGAUCAUCCCACCACAUUAUAUCCUUACAACAACCCUUGAAGGUGGAGAGGGAGUGACCUACCCUAGGUAGUGGGAGAUUUAACUCUCUGAUCCUAGUCCAACGCUCACUAGACUAGCUCUAAUCCCCUAUAAAGCUGUGUAGGCAAGACUUCCUUUUGUCUGACUUGAAUCUGCAAGAAUUAAUUCCACCUACUUCAUUCAUGUAUAACUUUUGCAUGAAGAACUCCCAUCUUAUUCUGAAGCAGACCAGUUGUCUAAGUAAGAGGAUCCUGUACAGAUCAUGCUUUGAUUUUCUGGUACAAGGUGUGCUUUUUGUGCAUAAGGAAAGGGUUGAUACAUAUUGUCCAUCUCUGGUUCAUUCUGCUCUUUGCUGCCCACCUGCCUGCCUCUGCCUCCAGUUCCCUCCUCCUCAUUUGUCAUCAUACUGUAGUUUGCAGUGCCACCUGAACUGCAGCAUGACAACAUCCUUAGGGUAUUAUUAUACGUAUGUCCUUUCUCUUUGUUGUUUGGACUGAUAUAUCUUUUCCUUCUCACACCUCUCUAUUGGACCUCAGAAUAAGGUAUUCCUUUUGAAUGAUCCUCUGAGAGAAGAAAGGAGCAAACAUGGCUGCCUUCUCCUCCUCUAGACUAGUUAGGCUAGAAACAUUUUCUAUCCAAGGCAUUUAUUUCCUACAAUAAACAACUUUCUUAUUUUCUUACCUACAAUCAUCCGUGUUGUGUCUGUGCGAUUGCAGCAGCCAGGUGUACUAUUUAACUCAAAUGCAAUAGUAGUAGUAAUAGUACUACUACUACUAGUAAUAGUAGUAGUAAUACUCUGCAUCAUAAGGGGCUUCAAUGGAUAAUUGGUCCAGCUACCCCACUACAAAUAGCCGUUGUUUUGUUUUCCUGUUCUAAUGGUGCUGUAAUGUGAAGAACUUGCUCUUAUUCCAGGUUUUCUCAAUUCACCAUCUUCAUAUUAGAAGUGGGAUCUGAAAUAAUUUCCCCAGUGCUCAGUGUGAGCCUACAAAAUAGAAUACAGUGGUACCUCGGUUUACGAACUUAAUCUGUUCCGGAAGUCCGUUCUUGAACUGAAACUGUUCUUAAACCAAGGCACGCUUUCCUUAAUGAGGCCUCCCGCUGCCAGUGCCCUUCCACCGUUCGGGUUCUGUUCUUAGACUGAGGUAAAGUUCACAAACCGGGACACUACUUCCGGUUUUGCGGAGUUCAUAAACUGAAUCGUUCGUAAACAGGACUGUUCUUAAACCGAGUUACCACUGUAGAUUGAAUUUGCAAGCGGCAGUUGGCUAGCCUUCACCCACAUUCUUGGAUCAUCAAUGAGCAGCUGAAAUCUGGGUGGUUUUGUUUUCUUUCUGUCUUUUUAUUUAUGUCUCUUAGCCGAAUAAGUAGCUGUUCUCUCCACUGAUGCAGCUGUCUUCCACAGUUUUUCAGCCGUUGCUUCCCCCCUCCUUAUUAAGGGACGCAGCAACACUGAGAACUGUGGGCUAUUGUUUACGUGCCAACACAUAAUUUUCCCAGGAUCCUUUCUGCUGAAGACUAGAGAAAGUAACAGACUGGGUUCUUUUCCUACUUCCAAAAAUGUAACUAGUUUGACUUGAAUGGAUUGCUAAUUGUGCACUCUUCCUGCCUUGUGGGUUGCAGAAUAGAAUAGCUUUCUUUUUGAGUUCUUCUAGUAACCUGUUCAGGCUUGAUAGCUGUUUCCUUUCCUUUCCUUUAUUUCUUUUUAAAGUUUUUCACAAUACAAUAGAAGACAAGCUAACCUACACAAUAAAAGGGGCAAAAUAAGAGAAACGAAAAGAGAUAGAAGAAUACAAGAUCUAUUCACACAAGUGUAUCUUAACUUUUGUCCCCUACUAGUGCAGGGAGGUAACCUGGCCAUUGGACUGACAUACGUAAUAUUUGUUCCAAUUGGGACCAUUGGAAAGGGUUUUUCUUAAGGAGGGUGGUGGGGUGCCCUGCCCACCUUCUGCCUUGCCAGUGCAAGUCCAGAAAAGCUCUGAAUUUGGUGGUCCAUCCGCCCUUAGCGUUAAUCUGCUUCUGCAUCCACUUUUCCUUUUGCACAAAGGGAUGCAACAACAACAACAACAACGCUCUUUGGGCAGUUUUUAUUAACAUGCCAGGGAAACAAGUGGAAAGUACUCUGUAUGUUAGCAAUGUAUCAAUAAGCAAACUAUAACAAACUGCAUUUGCUGAACGAUGGCCUUUUGUACUAUAUCUCGAUGUGCCAAGAGACCUUAUGACCUCUCUCUGUUGCUUAACGAAUGAUGAUUAGUUUCAGAUCUUUAUUUGGUGAAAUGUGUUUGCUCAAGCAAGUUGGCUGUGCACCAAGAAUGAUGCCUUUGUGUUUCUUUUCAUCAGGCAAUCAAGAAGCUGAAAUCAUGUCUGGAAAGCCCAAACUGUACUACUUUGAUGGAAGAGGCGCGAUGGAGUCAAUACGAUGGCUGUUAGCAGCAGCUGGGGUGGAGGUUUGUGUUUCCUUGUCUGCCAGCUUCUGUACAAAGAUGUUAUCAUAGUUAUGGGUUAUGCCUUGUACAGUGUGGGAUGCAGUUAUUAGGGCACAUUACAUACUGUAGCCAAAAGAGAUGAGAAUCAGUGGGGUAUUCCUAUUUCUUACAGCACAAACAGAUUUUGUUUCUUGAUGUGUUGAAACUUUGAAGCAAGCAACUUUUUUUUUUGCCAUAUCUUGAUGGAAUAUAUGAUAAAGCCAUCAAGCCAGAUAAAGUUGUCCUGGGGUUGGAUAAGCCGCCCUUUAGCCUUGGGAAGGUCCCCCCUUCCAUUUAUUUUUGGAUAUCCCAUUCAUACCAUGGGAAUAUAUUUUGCCCCUUCCUUUCACCAGCACAGCAUACAGAAUUGUUGAGAAUGUAUGCAUGUACAACCUGCUACACUUAAAUUAUUUUCAUUAUUUGCUUAUUUUGCAACUGCACAUUCUGAAGCCACACAGUCAUUUAUAAUAAUAAUAAUUUAUUAUUUAUACCCUACCCAUCUGGCUGGGUCUCCCCAGCCACUCUGGGCAGCUUCCAACAAAAGUUUAAAAAUACAUUAAAAUAUCAGUCAUUAAAAACUUCCCUAAACAGAGCUGCCUUCAGAUGUCUUCUAUAAGUCAGAUAAUUAUUUAUUUCCUUGACAUCUGAUGGGAGGGCAUUCCACAGGGCGGGCGCCACUACCGAGAAGGCCCUCUGCCUGGUUCCCUGUAACCUCACUUGGAAGGAACUACCAGAAUGCCCUCGGAGCUGGACCUCAGUGUCUGGCCUGAACGAUGGGGGUGGAGAUGCUCCUUCAGGUCUACUGGGCCAAGGCCUUUAAAGGUCAGCACCAACACUUUGAAUUGUGCUUAGAAACGUACUGGGAGCCAAUGUAGGUCUUUCAAGACUGGUGUUAUGUGGUCUCGGCGGCUGCUCCCAGGGGAGAGGAAUUUAGAAUCAGUAUGUCAGUACAAUAUAGAAAAACGUUCUACUGUUAUGUACAAAUUGUUGGCAAGUCAUGAGAACUAGAAACAUGACUUUAAAAAUCUGGAGUGGUAUCCAACAAAAUGCUUCCUUUAGUCCCAGGACUAGUCUGUCGCCUCUCCUCAGUUGCCCCCUAAAUCUGUUAUGGGGGUUCCUCUAACCCUCUGGAGCAGAUUUGGGGGGGAGUGUGGUGUGAAAGGAGAGGAAGGGGAAGUUUCACUGUGCAAGUAGAAAUCUUUGCAUUAGCAGAAGCACUUAGCUGGUGUCUGCCUCAGAUUCCUCUGAAUUCUAUUGAAAGCUUAUGAACCACCCAAAAGAAACAAGGAGGAUUUGAUGUUUUAUGAAAAACUUUAAUUCUGGUUUUUAUUUUUUAUUACAAGCUGCUUUGAUGACCCUGUUAGGCCAGAAAGACAGGAUAUAUAUAUUUAAAAAUCAAGUAAGUAGUACUUUCUUAGAUGUGCCAACAUAAUAUGAAGAAAGUUUGCUUUUUGUCUUAGAGUGCUCCUAUUUUACUCAACUUUUAUCCAGCACAAAUCAGUAAUCCAAAACAGUUUAUCAGAAAUACCUAACUGCAGUACAAGGGGAGAGGAAUUAAAAAUAUGAUUUCAAUGCACUUAAACUUGGGCAACUGGACAUGUGUUUUCUCUGUGUAUCUGCUUGUGGUUUUUGCAUGUGUUUGGGUUUUUUUAGUCCUCGUGCUAUUGCAUUGUGUGAUUCAGUUGAAAUCCACUCGGUAUCACAGUGAUGUAGGAGGAAAGGAAAAUCUUAUCAGAAGUGAAGAAAGCAGCUGUUCCUUUCUUGCAUUUCACUGGUUUUGGAAACCUGAUUCAGUGCUGGAAAUGCCCACAUCUUGAUAAGAAACGGUUUGGUUAAGUUAUGAAAGGCUCAUUGCUUAGUUGUGACUUUUCAGAAGCAACAAACUCAAGGAGGGGGCUUGUUCUUGGAUGACGUUCAAUGAUGAGUGUGCUUCUCAAGCACUGCAACAAUUCAUUACACUUUUUCUUUUCCCCAUCUGGUAGUUUGAAGAGGAAUUUCUGGAGACCAGAGAGCAAUACGAGAAGCUGCUUCAAGGUAAUUCGGUGAUUUUGAAAAUAUUUGGCCAGGCAAGACAAACAAAGUACCAUACUUUUCCAUGUACAGUGGUACCUCAGGUUACAUACGCUUCAGGUUACAUACACUUCAGGUUACAGACUCCGCUAACCCAGAAAUAGUGCUUCAGGUUAAGAACUUUGCUUCAGGAUGAGAACAGAAAUCGUGCUCCAGCAGCGCAGCGGCAACAGGAGGCCCCAUUAGCUAAAGUGGUGCUUCAGGUUAAGAACAGUUUCAGGUUAAGUACGGACCUCCGGAACGAAUUAAGUACUUAACCUGAGGUACCACUGUAUAAGACUAGGUUUUUUUACUUUAAAAUUAUGUGAAAAACUGUGGGUCGUCUUAUACACGGGGCAAUCUCUCCCCUAUUUUCUUAAAAUAGGGGGCAUCUUAUGCAUGGGGGUGUCUUAUACAUGGAAAACUACAGUAUCUUCUUGGAUAGGAGCCAAGGAAAGGCAAAUACUUUUGAGUGCCAGAGAAGAAUUGUACUCUUGCAUUUCAAGUAAGCAACAUAGUCUAGUGGCAGAAGGGAGAGAUGUUGAUUUUAAUUGAUCUCCUCAUCCUCCAGCUCCAAUUCCUUUGCUAUUCAGAAAAGUUCAGUACAGUGGUACCUCGGGUUACAGACUCUUCAGGUUACAGACACUUCAGGUUACAGAUUCCAUUAAGCCAGAAAUAGUACCUCGGGUUAAGAACUUUGCUUCAGGAUGAGAACAGAAAUCGUGCAGCGGUGGCAGCAGGAGGCCCCAUUAGCUAAAGUGGUAUCUCAGGUUAAGAACAGUUUCAGGUUAAGAAUGGACCUCCAGAACGAAUUAAGUUCUUAACCCGAGGUACCACUAUAUUGGAAGUUAUGAAUGCAUGAAGGCACACCUAGCCACAGAGGACACUGCCCCCAUUUUCUUAAUUUGGAAUCCCCCCCAAAUAGGUGUCGUGUUAUACACGGGGGCGUGUUAGACACGGAAAAAUACGGUAGUUCUCUUGAAACCUGUUUUUAAUGGUCACUGUUUCCAUGACUUGAAAACAAAGUUCCUAGCUGACUGCAAGGUUGCAAGAUAGUUUUUUUGUGUGUUCUUUGGCCAGCCCGUGUAGAAUAAUAGUCGCCACCAAUUGCUCCACCAUUUCCUCAUUUGGUCUCUGCAGUCCUUCUGAGCACCAAUACAAUACCGUGGAAUUGUACUGACUUUCAUUUCUAGAAGAAACAUUUUGACCUUUCGCUGUUUUUCUUUUUUUUUAUCCUCUCAAAAGAUGGAUUCCUCCUCUUUCAGCAAGUGCCCUUGGUGGAAAUGGAUGGGAUGAAGAUGGUUCAGACGCGAGCUAUCCUCAGCUACAUUGCUGCAAAGCACAACCUCUACGGGAAGGACCUGAAGGAGAGAGCACUGUACAGUACCAGAAACAUUUAGCUAGCUUUAAGUUAUAUUUCGGGUCCUGUAUUUCACUCUUGUUUCUGGCUUCUGAGACCUACUACAUCCUGGGGCCGUUCAGAUAGUGUGGACUACAAAUCCCAUCAGCCCCUGCUCAGAGUUGCCUGUGAAGGGGGAUUGACAGUGAAACCAACUCUGAGAAUUGUAGCUCUGUGAGGGCAAUUGGCAGAGGGCCUUUUUGGUGGUGGUGCCUGCCCUGUGGAACGCCCUCCCAUCAGAUGUCAAGGAAAUAAACAACUAUCUGACUUUUAGAAGACAUCUGAAGGCAGUCCUAUUUAUGGAAGUUUUUGAUGUUUGCUUUUUUAUUCUGUUUUUAAUCUGUUGGCUGGGGAAACCCAGCCAGAUGGGCAGGGUAUUAUUAUUAUUAUUAUUAUUAUUAUUAAUAAUAAAUGUCUCUUAACAACUCUCUGUGCCCUUAACAAACUACAGCUCCCAGAAUUCUUUGGGGGGAAGCCAUGACUGUUUGAAGUGGCAUUGCAGGGUUUUAAAUGUAUGGUAGAAAUGUGGCCUGAAUCAAAGGGCUUGUCCUCCACAAUUUCACUUAUCCUGCCACUUUUCCCCAGGGAAACUGACUCUUUACUGCUGAAUCGGAGCAAACAUCAGUCAGAUUCUCUAUGGAAAAGAGUGAGUGAAAAGCAGAUUUUUCUAGAGAAAGUGGAGGAGCAAACUUUUACCUGUGCUUUCUAAGCAUGGGACAAGUGGGAAAGUAGUUGGUGAUGGAUGGUUCUUUAGCUAGUCUUCAUGAAAAGCAAAUGAUGGGAUGGGAAAAAAAUCAUAGCAUUUCUAUGUGGACUAGGAGUGGGCACUUUCUGCCUCAGUCGCCUGCAGACCCAAUUGUCCUCUCAUUCUGACCGUUUACAAAGUGGUGCCUUCCAGAUAUUUUGGGGGAACAACUCCCAUCAUCCCUGGCCUUUGGCUGUCUUAAUUGAGAGUUGGAGCCCAGCACAUCUGGAUAGCAUCAUGUUGCCACAUCCCUGGGUUGCAACAACAUGGAGAAAAUCCCCCAUCACCAAGCAGCUGGAAUUGCAAUGUCUUGUCUGCCUCGACACAGAGUAGUUGGUGGCCUCUUUUCUGCACAGCAGGAAAGAGCUGAAAUUCUGUUUUGUUUGUGCAUGUCGUAAACAAGAUGGGCGCCUUAACAGAUGUGUGAAUAUAUGUCUCUUUAGAAUUGACAUGUAUGCAGGAGGAACAACGGACCUAAUGGCCUUGAUUAUGAUGUACCCUUUCUUAACACCUGAGGACAAGGAGAAGCAACUGGCUACAAUCAUCAAAAAAGCAACACAAAGAUAUUUCCCUGUUUAUGAAAAGGUGCGUUUCAGUAACCCUGCUUUAUGAAACAGGCUUGUGAUCUGGGCCGCUUCACAAAUUUAAUGUGUAAAAUGUAACACAGGAAGAACAAAUGUGUGGUGUGGUUUUUUUUUAAAGGACAGGUAUAGUGAUGGAUGAGAAAGAUGCUUAUGUGUGCUUGGGAAGCUGUUCUUAGGCGUUGGGCUAACACUGGUGUCUUGCAGGUGCUGAAGGGCCAUGGAGAAGAUUUCCUUGUUGGCAACCAGUUCAGCUGGGCAGACGUCCAGCUCCUUGAAGCUAUUCUGAUGGUGGAGGAAAAAUCCUCCAGUGUUCUGGCCGACUUUCCUCACUUGCAGGUACGGCAAACAAACACGAUAUGAGCGGUGUUGGAAACCCAUAUCUAUAAGCUCGGCACCAAAUGGCUCCUUAAACCAAGGUUGCAGUUGCCAAAAUGGAAUGUCUGGUUGCCAUUUUGGGGCUCUAAAGUCUUAUUUUUCAAAUGAUGGACUGACUGUGAUUGGUUCUCAAUUAAGCAUCUGGCUAGCUCAAAUGAUAACCCUGACCUCGGUGAAGAGCUUUGAGAACUUAAAGAAGAAAAGUCACUUGAUUCAGGGACAGCCCACAUAUAUAUCAGCCUAUUCCGACCUCUUUUUCUUAAUGGUGACACAGCCAUUCAUAAUGUAGGGAUCUCCAUGUGAGCAGGGCAGUGGGGUGGGGUAAGUUCACUGCUCCUGCUCAGAAAAAGUGUUUUGGUUCCUGAGAUUCAUUCCAAUUGUGCAGAUAAACUAUAACUGAUAGAAUUCUACAAGAAAGGAUAUUAGUGCGUGAAAACAAUUGAUAUCCAGUGAUCCCCAGAUGGAGAUGUCAGGCACCAUCCUGGCACUUGGUUGCAAGUGGUUGAAAACCAGGUGCAAAAUGCGCCUGGCUCCUGGCUAAUUUCAAACACUGAAUAUGAGUUAUGUUGUUUCUUCCUUUUUAAAAAGAAUUCCUUUCCCAUCUGUUCCAGACCUGAAAGCAGAUGGGCUUCUGUAGAAACCCCUUCUAGAAAACUAAGUUAGACCUUAGGGUAAUGUGAUGAUGAUGAUGUACACUAGUUCUGUGUGAUGAGUGACUUAAUGUUGCCUCCCAUUACAGAAUUCUGAAUUGGCAAAAAUGCUUAGAUGCCCAUGAAGCCACUCUCCUUAAUUCAAACCAGAGUGAACAUGGGAAGCAUGUGCAUGUUAAAAAUUCAUAUUUUUUUUUAAAAAAGGCUGUUGACACAGCUGUAGCAAAGAGAGCUGUGGCACUCUAGAUCAUGGGUUGGGGGACAUGUGGCCUUGCAGAUAAUUCCACCUCCCAUCAGCCUCAGCCAGCACAAGGAUGAUGGGAGUUGUAGUCCGGUGACACCUGCAGCUCUAAAGGUUUUUAGCCUAUGCUCUAGAGCAGGCAUCCCCAACCUCCAGCCCUCCAGAUGUUUUGGACUACAAUUCCCAUCAUCCCUAACCACUCGUCCUGUUAGCUAGGGAUCAUGGGAGUUGUAGGCCAAAACAUCUGGAAGGCCUCAGGUUGGGGAUGCCUGCUCUAGAGAUUGAUUGGCUUGUUGGGCCAUCAGUUUUAAUAGACUCUACCAAAUAGAUUGAAGGUGAUGGGUGCAGCAUGCAAGUUUGUUAUUUUAGUGCCAUAGUUCAGGUUCUUUGAUUCUGAGUCUGCUUGCUCUUGUUUUUUUUCUUCCUUUCCACUUGUUUUCAGGCUUUUAAAGAAAGGAUCAGCAACAUCCCCACAAUUAAGAAUUUUUUGGAGCCAGGAAGCCAGAGGAAACCUGUGCCUGACGAGAGAUAUGUGGAGACCGUGAGAAGGGUCCUCCAGAUGUAUCACAAUUUGUCUGCAACUCCUUAGGCAGUAUUUCUGCUGAGCUCCAGAGAAUCACCAGUACUAAUACCUAAUAACAAUGGCUGUCAUAAAACUCAUGGCAUUGUGUUAGAGACUAGACUGCUAUAUGACACUUGAUAGCUGCUAAACAGAAUGGGGAUGUGCAUUCACUCAAUCCACACAGAAAAAACAAUAUGCCCACAUCUAAAACACAUUUAAAUUGCACAAUUUCAGCUAUAUGCAGGCAAGGUGGGGAUGCUCUCGUGAGAUUUGGCGGGAAGUUGGAUUGUCCUGCAGGAUCUUGUGAGAGCAGUCCUACCAGUCCCAGAGAUGGCACACCGAAAUGUGAGGUGCCAAGGUCCAACACUGGUCAUGGCUACCUGCAAAGAACCCUGGGAACUGUAGUUUGUUGAGGGUUCUGAGAGCUGUUAGGAGACUCCUAUUCUUCUCACAGAGCUACAACUCCCAGAACUCCUUGGGGAGAGGGAUUGGUUGUUACAAAGCACUCUGGGACAGACCAAAUACCCCGCUGAACAUUUGAGCCAGGCAGGAUUUCAAAUUCAGAGACAUUUUUUAAAGGCAAUGUUUCCCCCCCCCUCCUUGUCUCAAAAAUGGCGCCUUUGAUCUGUUUGAAUCCUGGCAGAUCUGAUGCCUUUGUGGAGUAGUACUAUAGCCUGUAAAUUCGAAGCCAUUUGGCUGCCCCACUCCAGGCUAAAAGCUGGAAGAAGACUGGCUGGUCUUCAUUGAAAAUUCAUGGAAGAUUAGUUAUCAGACUUGAGGAAUCUUCAGUAUCCCUGGAAUCUAGCAAACAGUUAAGUUAGAUGGCAAAAGACAGGGUGUGUCUCCUUCUGAACUGAAACCCAACAAACAAAUGAACGGAUUUUGAAUUAACUAAAUAUGAAAAGCUUCAAAAAAUAAAUUAUAUAAACACCUUUUUCAUUAAGAAAGCAAAACAAAACCAAAAUUUCUCCUGCACACCCCUACUACUUGUGUACUUGCUAGUAGUAGCAUACGUAGCAAAAGAAGAAUGCCAUAUACGAGGCCUUCUUUAUUAGCAGAUAUAUUGAUCAAUAUUCCUACUCUUUUUGGAAUGCAGCUUUCUUUAUUAAAUAUAUUUUGUGUAUCCUGUUUCACCGGGUGAAGCAAUAUUUUUAUUCAGCUGGACGGAUAUAAAAAACACUAUUAGAAGGGAGGCUCGGACAGUCCUUUUCUGCCUACCAGUGUGUUCUGCAAAUGGAAGGGGUUUGCUGCAGAGCUGGAAAAAAAUUCGAAAGAGAUUCCGUUUCAGUCUUUCUGCCUUUCAUUGCUGGUAUUUCUGAGCUCAGACGGCCAAGCUUAUGCAAAACGCAUGAAGACAUUCAAAGUGACACUUAUUUGCAAAUUCCUGUGAAAUCAAAAUACACUAAACCUUCAAUAUAUUUUAUCUAUCUCCUGCAACUUUUGCAUUCUGUUAUUAUACUAAGCUGACAUUGGAUUUGGUAUAUUCAAUUUAUGUAGUGUUUUUCUUCCUAUUGCUGCUACAAUCUGGAAAACUCUCUAAUAAACUACCUUGAUUCCUGAGUAAAGAAGCAUUUGCUUUUCCUUACUGUGUAAAUAUUGUGUGGAAGCUGUGCUUCUGGAUCAGUGCCAGAUUUACGUAUAAGCUAAACAAGCUAUAGCUUAGGGCCCCACUCUCUUGGGGGUCCCCAAAAAAUUUAAAGGGAGAACAAACUGGAUGUACAUUUUAUUGGCAAAACCUAUUGGUGUUUUGCAGCUUUCUGACUACUCUGCUAGGUCUGGCUAAGGUCUCACAACUAAACGCAGAGUUCACGAAAGCAAUUGGCAACUUGGCUGCAGACAGGCCGGACGAAGCAGGAACCAGGAACUUGUAGUUAGGUGUUUAUUAUAUACAGUGGACUAUUUACUGGAAUACGGAUCUUUAGCUAGCUCUCUCAUACAUGAAUCACAACUCUCAACCUCCAACUCCUACACUGACACAUUCCAGUUAGUAGGCCAUUAAUCAUUAUUUCCCUGAGAGAGCUUGACCAAUCAUGGAGCUGUUUCCAUGCCUCUGUAUCACCAGGCAGAUUGCACUCCUUUACAUUGCCUUGGCUGUCUCCCAAACCCUAACUGACUCUGUGUGAGUAGCUGCAUGUAUUCAGAUUCCCAACACAUUUCCAAAAUAUAAGAUAAAAAACAAAACCUACAUACAGCAACAGUGUUACUUAUGAUGUAAGUAAUGGGCCCCACCUGCUAGUCUGCUCCCUAAAAUAUCACUGGUUUGAUCAUUUCUAUAUAUAGUGGUACCUUGGUACUCUGUUCCAGAUUUCAGUUCAACAAUUACUUUGAAAAAAUACAUAUUUUGUUAUGUGCAAAUGGCUUGAUGCCUAUUAGAUCCAUAAAUUAUCAUAUAGCAUAUAUUCAACACAAAAGCAGCGACAAUUUGUUGUUCACAAAGGACAGCUGUACCCAUUACUUUCAGUAGCUUAGGGCCUCAUCAAACCCAAAUGGGGCCCUAUUCUGGAUCCUUUAUUGAUACUGCAAUUUUAUAUGUGUCUACCCACACAUAGGAUUGUGGUUGCUGUUGCUGCUUUCUCGCUUAAUAUAUUUAUAGAAACAGAAUUGUAGAGUUGGAAGGGACCCUGAGGAUCAUCUAGUCCAACCCCCUGCAAUGCAGGAAUAUGCAGCUGUCUCAUAUGGGGAUCGAACCGGCAACCAUAUGAUUCGCUAGCCCCAGCCUGACGUAGCUGAAAAAAGCCGCAGGCCACAAAAGGCAGUCUGGGGUAGCUUUUUCAGAACCUUCUUUCAGAUAACAUAUCAGUGGCUAUUUUUAGACUGAAUCUGAACCUCAGUUGGAUAAUGACUAAUAUUAGGGCUAUUACGUUACUGGCUAAGGUUACAGUUGGUGGACGAUAGGAGACUACCAAAAUGCUAUGUUUCAAAGGCUAUGGCUACAGCUGAUAGUAUAGUCUGCUAACUCAAAUUCCUGGUCAGUUCACAAUGCACAAAUUACUAAAUAAGUGUGGGUUUUCUGAAGACACCCUCUUUUGCUAAUAAGGCUGUUUUUUGGAAGCUACAUUUCUGAUAAGUUUUCCUAGGCGAAAGCUACCUGCCAGGUAGAGGAAAUGAAUCAAAUUCAAUUGCUUGCUGCCAGUGCCACCUGCUGGCUACUGCUUUGUUUUCUAAUCUUGCCAGUUAAAAGCAUCAACAGAACGAUUUUGUUGCACACGACUCCCAAAAAGUGAUUCUGGAUUAUGAUGAUUUAUUACCGUAAAUUUGUAUACCAUCCUUCAUCCAAAGAUCUUAGGGCGGUUCACAGCAUAACAGUGCAAAAGCAAAACAAAAUUAUGGGGCAUUAUAGGCAAUUAAAAGCUGGCACUCCUCAGAAUGGUGGGCUAGGAAGGGGAAGCAAGGGAGACAGAGUCUAGGUCAGGGGUCGGCAAACCUUUUCAGUAGGGGGCUGGUCCACUGUCCCUCAGAUCUUGUGGGGGGCCAGACUAUAUGGGGGAGGAAUGAACGAAUUCCUGUACCCCACAAAUAACCCAGAGAUGCAUUUUAAAUAAAAACACACAUUCUACUCAUGUAAAAACACCAGGCAGGCCCCACAAAUAAUCCAGAGAUGCAUUUUAAAUAAAAGGACACAUUCUACUCAUGUAAAAAUGCGUUGAUUCCUGGACUGUCCGCGGGCCGGAUUUAGAAGGCGAUUGGGCCGAAUCCGGCCCCCAGGCCUUAGUUUGCCUACCCAUGGUCUAGGUGUCAACAGUGGGGCCUGUCAGGACCUCCUUCUCUGGCCAAAGAUGUCGAUGAACAAAUUGACGAUAAUAUCCUGGUACAAGCUCUCAUGGGCCACAUCCAACUUUGACAGACAAGCUGACCCACAACAGCUUAUGCCACAGUAUUUAUUAACAAGGUUGUUGAUUUUUUGAAGAGUUGUUCAACUGGAUUUGCCAAAAAGGAUUCACAUGGCUAACUCUCUGGAAUUUAUCACACACUAACUUAUAUUUAAAUCUACGCAGAUCUGAAAGUUCCGAGUGUUUUCACACAUGACAUUAAAAACCAUCUUUGACCCCCUGUGCGCACGUUAGAGAGAAUAUCAUUAAUCCGGGGUAGAAAACAGACACUUUAGAACCGAGAUGUGACAAAGUAGCCAGUACUAGUGCAGGAAGGAACUGCAAAUCCUUGGUUGAGCUUGCGAACGUGGCUUUAGGUUCACUCAAACAGAGGCUGGAAUGUUAUCUUUAUUGUUUGAGUGGGAAAGUCACCUCUGAGGGAGGAGUUCCAGGAUUUAAUUGCUUUUAGGCAAAGCUUUUUGUGCCACAACAGGAAGACCCGCCUGACGCUCACACCAAAGGCUCCAAGGUUAGUUCCUGAUGCACAUCCAUGUCUUUAAUAAUGAAGUUAAGGCUAUACAAAGAAAGCAGGGACAGCAAUCAUAAAAAAUCUUGGCGUGGUUGCAUUUAAUCUAUGUGUUCUGAAGAACGGUUUAACAGGCAAAAAGGAAAUGCCUGUCUGUAUGAGUUUGCAUGCCACUUGCCUCAAGAGCAAGCAUUCAGCAAAUGAAGCAUUUGUGGUCAUUUCCUCCAUGUUUAGAGAAGGUUCACCUUCCACCUGUUGCCUUUUUCCUUGUCAGGCAACUGUCAGAGGCACAAGAACACUGGCAGAAAGCAUGGCAAAGGCAGAAGUUGUCUGCUUGCCAGCUAACUCAGAGUUUGGGUGGGGUUAAGACAUACAAUACUGCUCUUUUGCUUCCUGUAACAGAACCUUAAUUUUAAGCCAAUUUUAAGGCUUUGUAGCUUCCACAAUUGUUGAAUUUACAGCUGCAUAUUAAUUUGGCACCCGAGGUGAUAAAAAAAAAACAUGUCCCAUUGGAGAGAUCACAACUGAAUCAACCGGUAGAACAAGCUUCUAAGGAAGGUUAAUCUGUAUAUAUUUGUGUCUCCUGAUCUUUCAAAAGCAAUGUUAAAAAAGCUUGUUUCAUAAGGUAUUUGGCCACAGAGUGAUGCUUUUCUAGGAUUUGUGGUUUUACUGUCGUCAUGCUCUCAUUGGAGAGUUGGCAACCAGCUGGAUGCUGAAAGCUUUUGUUAUGUCGUGGAGCUUUUCAGUUUUAUUGUUGGUUCUGUGUAAUUUUGUAUCACUCAUAACAAGCUGCCCUGUGCGUGAAAAGGCAAGUGUGUUUCAAUACACACAUGAAUAAUAAAUAAAACCUAUCAAAGAAAACAAAGAUCUGCAUUUAGUUCCCAGACUUGAGAUGAAUAUUGUAAAAUGUACCUCCUGCAAAAUAUUGUUAUAAGCCACCCCAAUCCCUGCUAAGCUGUGCACAGGAUUCUAGGGGUCUUGGACCUCGAGCCAGGUCUGUGCUCCUUUGGAGAAUUCAAGACACGACGGAGGCUAUUGUAGCUUUAAGAAAUGGUAAAGUUAAAGGUAAAGGACCCCUGGACAGUUAAGUCCAGUCAAAUGGUGACUAUGGGGUUGCUGCGCUCAUCUCACUUUCAGACCGAGGGAGCCAGCGUUUGUCUGCAGACAGCUUUCCGGGUCAUGUGUCCAGCAUGACUAAACCGCUUCUGGUGCAACAGAACACUGUGACGGAAACCAGAGCGCACAGAAACACCGUUUACCUUCCCACCACAGCAGUACCUAUUUAUCUACUCACACUGUUGUGCUUUCAAACUGCUAGGCUGGCAGGAGCUGGGACAGAGCAACGGGAGCUCACCCCGUCGUGGGGAUUCGAACCGCUGACCUUCUGAUCAGCAAGCCCAAGAGGCUUAGUGGUUUAGACUACAGAGCCAGCACUGGAGUCCAAGGCAUCUCUCCCCCCGCCCCACCGCAAUUGUCUUCAGUCAGCCUGCUCAAGAUGGAUCUCUGUCUUUGUUCUUCUCCCCAGUACACCUUGCUAAAACACCCUUUUCCUGUCACCUUACACCCAGUUACCUGGUCCACCUUCCCAAUCCCUCCUGUUCACACCUCAGGGCAGGGGGGAAAGACAGUUCUCUUGCCUUGCCAGUGGUUUUCAAUGGUCCUCUGUUGUUUCUUAAUGGCCCUCGCUUGGCCAGGUCAUUUUUGCAUUGGCCCGCCCAGGAAUUCCUCUGCAGCUGGUAUAUUCCCUUCAUAUCCCAACUAAUAAAAAUCCUACCAUUUAUUAAUUUUCUUCCCCAAACCUAUACUGUUUGCAUGGCUUUCAACCUCCCCAUAAACACUUCCAUCUUUCCGCUCUUUCCUUCCAGAAUACCCAGCACCUGAAUACCAUGGCUGGGAAACCUAAGCUUUAUUAUUUCAAUGGAAGAGGGAGAAUGGAAUCCGUUCGCUGGCUGUUAGCUGCUGCAGGUGUUGAGGUCUGUGCCUUUGUUUUCUUCCGGAAGGAAAUCUGCAAAUGAGUUGCUUGUCUGAAGUCAUGCCAGGAUGACCAUGGGAACCAUUGCCACAAUUAGAGCAUCCUUAGGACCAUGUCAGCAGACAGGAGACUGGGUUUCUGAUCUAGAUGGUUUGGCAGGGCAGCCACAGGUACAUAACCCAUUAUUUCACAACGAUAGGAGUAAGUUCCUUGGCUGUCACCCAACAUCAUGGACACAUUUCCUUUCGAUGCAAUAUUUUUUGUUUUAAAAACCAAGGAAAGCAUAACCAAGGCAGCCACAAGGCUUCCUUUUUUUGCAGGAGGAUAUCACAUAUCCCACAAGCCACACUCCUGUCUGUAAUGUUGAAAUUCUCACUAAAGCUGUCUGGUUAUAGGGCCACUUGGAAAUCAGGAAAGAACUGUAUGCUGGGAUGCUGCCUCUGACUCCCUCACCUUACUCCCACAUUUUCCAGAUUACUAAAGGUAAAGGUACUCCUGACCAUUAGGUCCAGGCAUGGCCGACUCUGGGGUUGCGGCGCUCCUCUUGCUUUAUUGGCUGAGGCAGCCGGCGUACAGCUUCCAGGUCAUGUGGCCAGCAUGACAAAGCCGCUUCUGGUGAACCAGAGCAGAGCACGGAAACGCUGUUUACCUUCCUGCCAGAGCAGUACCAAUUUAUCUACUUGCACUUUGAUGUGCUUGUAGAUAACUGCUAGAUUGGCAGGAGCAGGGACUGAGCAAUGGGAGCUCACCCCGUCACAGGGAUUCGAACCGCGACCUUCUGAUCGGCAAGUCCUAGGCUCUGUGGUUUAACCCACAGCGCCACCCGCUUCCCUCUUUACCUUUACCUUUUCCAGGUUAAGCAGGCUGCAAACACUUUUUCUUUCUUCCUGGAAUACAAUAACAUGGAAAUGAGCUCUCAACAUGAUAGACCAGUGUGUGUUCUUGUUUGAAAUUACCGUAACAGAACCACUUAACAGAACAACAGCUGCCAUGCCGGGGACUAGGAAAAGAUUAAUCUAGCUUCUACAUGAAUUAAAGUCCUAUAUCAACCAAUUAUGUUUAUUCACUCAAUAUCCCUGAUCCAUAAUAAUCCAUUAAUGCUCUGUAUAGUCUCGUAACACAGCCAUGGCUGGUUUGUAUGUUGCUUAGCCUUUGGAUCUCUGUUUAAAUUUCAUUCUUUCUAUUCUCAGGUUAUAUAAACUGUCCACUUAGAUGGUCACUGAUGCACUAGGCUAUGACCCAUAAAAGCAUAAGCUGUAAUAAAUUUAUUGGUUAAUGUGCUACAGCACUCUUGGUUGAUUAUUUAACGAAAUAAAUGAAAUGUUAGUCCUCUCGCUUUUUCAGUUUGAAGAAGAGUUUUUGGAAACAAGAGAGCAGUAUGAAAAGUUAUUAAAAGGUAAGGCUACAGAUUUAAUAACUUCAUCCAGAUCCACAGCACUGUGUGUGUGUGUGUGUGUGUGUGCCAAGAAAUUCUGAUGCAAGUGUGUUUGGGCAGGGUGUGUGUGAACAAGAACUCAGCUACGUUGAUUCUGCUUCACCAUUGGAAAUGGUGCUACAAGCUUCUCUGCUCUCGCUAUGGAACGUGGGCAGAGGUUCAACCAAUGAAAUCCCCCCUUUUUUUCUUUAAAUGCUUCCUUUCCCAUUGUAGGAAGUUCACCAUUGUAGGAAGCCGUACAGGAACUUGUCAGGGCUGACAUGAUGAUUCUCUUUCAACAGAUGGAUUUCUGCUCUUUCAACAAGUCCCCAUGGUUGAAAUCGAUGGAAUGAAGCUAGUGCAGACUCGAGCCAUCCUCUAUUACAUUGCUGCAAAACACAACCUCUAUGGGAAAAACCUGAAGGAGAGGGCACAGUAUGCUUUUUAGAAGCCAUAUUACACUAAUAUGCAAGGUUUUUUUCUGGCCUAAGCACCUGCCUUUUUAAUAUAACAAAACAAUAAAGGGUAAAGGGACCCCUGACCAUUAGGUCCAGUCGUGGCCGACUCUGGGGUUGCGGCGCUCAUCUCGCUUUAUUGGCCGAGGGAGCCGGUGUAUAGCUUCUGGGUCAUGUGGCCAGCAUGACUAAGCCGCUUCUGGCAAACCAGAGCAGCGCACGGAAACGCCGUUUACCUUACCGCCGGAGCGGUACCUAUUUAUCUACUUGCACUUUGAUGUGCUUUCGAACUGCUAAUUUGGCAGGAGCAGGGACCGAGCAACGGGAGCUCACCCCAUCACAGGGAUUUGAACCGCCGACCUUCUGAUCGGCAAGCCCUAGGCUCUGUGGUUUAACCCACAGCGCCACCUGCUUGAGGAGAAAUGAAGGCAGGAAUUGGUGACUGAAUAGUGCAACAGCAGUAACUUAGAAGGGGGGAUACCCUCUGAGCUCAGCUUCAGGUAGCAAAAAGGUCUUGGAACAGCUGUGAAGAAGCAUAUGCAUAUGUUUUGCAUAUACACUUCUUCCAUAUUUAUAGCAAUCAUGUAAGAAAAUUUGGAGUUGGAUUUUACAGCCCCACCUCUGUCAAGGUCCAGUGUUGGUCAGAGAAAACAAAACUGAGAUGGAACCUAGUAACAGGAAGCAAGGCUGGCUGUUAUUCAUUGCGUAUCUGUUGCAACCACACACACACACACACACACACACACACACACACACACACGUAAGGAGGUCAGGAGCCCAGAGCAGAAUGUGCAGACCCUUUUAAAGCUUCAGAAAUUGUAACAGAAAGACCACCCCAAAUUGUAAUACGGAUGCCAUAAAAAUGGGUUCUACACUCUACAAUUCUAUGUAAAUCAGAUCCUGCUCAGAGUUCAUGUUUCUCUGACAUAUUUACAAGUCAGGCAUCUUGAUUGGAAGACAAUACCUGAAAACAGCCCUCCCUGGCCUGUCUGAGACACCCUUUUGAAAUGGUGAAUACCUCGACUCCAGAAUCCAUUGACAAGGACCAGUUUCACUCAUACACAGAUCUGCCUUUUUGACAGGUCUGCUUAGAUAGUUUCUUGUUAAACCAGUUUCACAGGCGGGAGGCUCAGGAAGAAUUUCCUGCUAUGUGGAUGGAGGGGUCUCUGAGGUCGACUAGAGGCUAAACAUGGUCUCAGCCUUGCUCAGUGUAUUUGUUUGGUUCAUGUUUUAUUCAAAUAGAGUAUGGUUUCAUUGAUAAAUUGGCCCUUUUGUUGAGAAAAGGGCCUGACUGAAAGUAGCCUUUUAUCAAUACUUUCUGCAGAGUGAUUGGCAGAUGAAGGGUUAACCCGAUAGCCUGUGGUACCUCUCUGACUCCCGCAGUGGCUAAUGUUGUGCAAAGGGAUUAAGACUUUGGAAGAAUCAUAUAGGACCCUGAGGAUCAUCUACUACAACUUUAAUAUGCAGCUGUCCCAUACGGGGAUCGAACCUGCAACCUUGGCAUUAUCAGCACCACGCUCUACCCAACUGAGCUGUCCAGGGUGUGUUUUAGCAUCUUUCUUAGUAUUUUUGAACUUUCAUGUUUUAUGUGUUUUAUACACAUGCAUUCCUCAGGGGUGCUUAUUAGGAGCACCCUAAUACGAUUAUGAGGGACGCAGGUGGCACUGUGGGUUAAACCACAGAGCCUAGAGCUUGCCGAUCAAAAUGUCGGCAGUUCAAAUCCCUGCAAUGGGGUGAGCUCCCGUUGCUCAGUCCCUGCUCCUGCCAACCUAGCAGUUCGAAAGUGCGCCAGUGCAAGUAGAUAAAUGGCUACUGCUCCGGCGGGAAGGUAAACGGCGUUUCCGUGCGCUGCUCUGGUUCGCCAGAAGCCACUUAGUCAUGCUGGCCACAUGACCUGGAAGCUGUACGCCGGCUCCCUCGGCCAAUAAAGCGAGAUGAGCGCCACAACCCCAGAGUCGGCUAUGACUGGACCUAAUGGUCAGGGUUCCCUUGACCUUUAUGAUAUGCAAAAUGAGCUAUGGAAGGAGAAGAUGGGAAGUCAUUGAUAUCUUAAGGAUGUAAAAAUGAGUACUUUAAAAUGUAAAACAGAAAAUUUAAUUUAUAUAGAUUAUAUUUAUAUAAAUAUUUAUAUGUGGAACUAAGCAAGAGGACAGCAGUCAGGGAGAGAAACUUACCACAGAUUCAGGAAACAGCUACCAGGAAGUGUCUUAGCAAAAACUGCUGGAGGGUCAGAGAGAGUUAGGUGUUGAAUGCAAGCUUGCUUUAAUCAAGUUCUUUGUUUUAUUUUACCCCUGCGUGAUUGUUAAUAUUACAAACACCACUUGAAGCAAGGCAUAGAAGGCGUGGGAGGAAAGGCAGAACAAACAGAGAUAGGGAAGGAUUUGGUUUACAGUGCAGUUUUAUAAGCAAGUUGCACCCAGUACUUAUUGACAAUACUGUAAAGGUGUUCCUAAAUAGGAGGUGUGUUUAUGUGGUAGGAGCAGAUAUCCCCCCCCCCCGAAUUCAAGCCUAUGCAUGUUUCCUUGGAAGUAAAUUCUUCUAUGGCCUAUGAGGCUUGGUCCAGGUACAUAGGAAUGCCACCUCAGUACACCUGCUAACCUGUAAACCCCACACUGAGUGUGUAGAUCCCUGUGUUGAUCCUUGACCAUUCAGAUGGUGGCCUUGGGACUAGCGGGAUCAGCAUGCGUCCAAGUAUGCGUUGCACAGAUGCUCAGCUCCACCUGCUCCCUUCUCCUCCACCAUUUGCUUUUGCAUCCCAUCAAGUGCUGGAGCCGAAACCAGACACAUGGGAAGCUAAGCCCCAGCAACGCCUAAUGAUCAGGGCAGCCUGUAGUUUAUUUAGGAUGACAUUGCCUCUCUUUCCCCCCAGAAUUGAUAUGUACGUGGAAGGAACAACCGAUCUGAUGGGAAUGAUCAGGGUUCAUCACAAAUCACCUCCUGGAGAAAAAGAGAAGAAUCUUAGUUUAAUCAUUGAACAAGCCACAAAAAGAUACUUCCCAGUUUAUGAGAAGGUACUGUAUGUAACAUGCUGGCACCAUGUUCUGCUACGUCACAUUUUGUUGAAAAUGAAAGGCCAUAGAUUUUGGUGCUAGUUAGGGUUUGGCAGAACCAUGUGCAUUACCUUAAGCUUUGGUAAAAAGUGGGGUGUAAAUGCAUAAACCCUAAAAGGCCUUGAAGAACAAAAUGGUCUUUGCCUGGUGCCUUAAUGACCAAUGCAUGGCCAUUAGAUGACCCUCUGUGUGAAGGACAUUCUAGAUAUGAGUGCCACCCUGAAAAGGCCCUCUCGCCUUGUAGCUACCUCCUCGCUUCGUACAGCCAUGUACAUGCAUUCAAUGAACUUUUCUUCCGUAGGUUUUAAAAGAGAACGGGCAACCUUUCCUUCUUGGCAACCAGUGGACCUGGGCUGAUGUCCAACUGAUUGAGACCCUAUUAAUGGCAGAAGAGAAGGAGUCCAACAUUCUCUCACCGUUUCCUUUGUUGCAGGUAAAAGAAGUAGCUGAAUUAACAAUGACCGUGUACUCAGUAAUAUAAACCUUCAGUUGAAGUGAACAGGCAUUCGACUGAUUGUGUCCUCGACAUUUUCCAAACUCACGUAUAGCUAGUCAGAUGCUGAUACUCCUGAGAACAAGGAAGUAUGUUAUACAACACAACACCAUUCUAAUGAAAGCUAGAGUUUCCAUAGGAUUGCCAUAUUUCAAACAGUGAAAAUCCAGACAAAAAUGGUUGAGCUUUUUAUGGCAAAAUCGCAAAAAAAAUAAUAAAAGUAAAUAAAUGCUGUUUGGGGGCUAUUUUUAAGGAAAAUAGCCAAAAAUUGCACUGCCUGCAUGAGCUGCCAUAUGUCCAGAUUUUCCAGACUUUUUUUUGCUGAUUUCUGCCUGGACACGGCUAGAGACAGCAAUAUCCUGGACAUGUCCGAAAAAUUCCGGACAUAUGGCAACCCUAGUUUCUAUCUUAGAUUACGUUGAAGGCCCAAGUCCCUGCAGCAAAGUAUCCUAAACCUUUAUCUCUUGCUUUCCAUAUGAGCUAUCCAUUUUAUGCACAUUUCCCCCUAAUAUACACAUUUUUGUAUACAUUUUUUCAUUGCAGAACUGCAUUGCAAAAUUCAGAGAAGGGCCUAUUUCCAAGGGGUAGCUGUGUUUCGGUUAGCAUUUUGUUUUGGAAAGUAUGAAUUAUUGGUUUUACUAUUGUGGUUUUCCCCAAGAGACUUCAGGAACUGACAGUCGUUGAUGGGGGCUGCAGUCAGCAAACUCACACUUCUCAGGAUUUGGGCCUGACACUUACACUGGUUUCAAAUUUGUUCAGCACUGUAAUUUUAAGAUUGCAGACCUAACUUACUUGCUCUGAAUGAUUUGCAAUAUUUGCAAUUUUAGGCUUUUAAAGCAAGAAUGUGUGAUGUCCCUACGAUUAAGAAGUUCCUUCAGCCUGGAAGCCCAAGGAAGCCUCCCCCUGAUGAAAAAUUUGUAACAACAGCAAACAGGGUUUUCAACAGGAAAUGAAAACUGGGCAUAUGUUGCACUGUGUUAACUCCUAUCUGGGAAGCAGCUGUCUUUAACAAUGCUUUGCAAAUGCUUCCUAAAGCUAGUGGGCUGCUUUUAAAUAAUAAUCCAGUUGGCUUCUGGCUAACAAAUAAAGUUUUGAGAUAAAUGCUAAUCUAAAACUCUUUAGCGGGCCGCAUUUGGGUGUAGGGGUGGGCGAUUACAAACCUAGAUUGGGGCAAUAUAUUAAGAUAGAGAGCAUUUGACAAUAAAACAAUAAAAAUGAUGUUAUAAUAAGAAAUGCUGUGUUUUUAUCCAGUUUAAAUACUUAGGCUGGGGUCACAGACAUGAUGUAUGAAAUGGCACCCUUGAAUAUUUCCCCUGGUGCUCAUAAAGCCUAUGAUACUCAGGUCCUCUUUGUCAUGAGAUAGUUAUCUUUCCUCCUCUUGAACAAGUACACAGAGCUGAAGGGGGAUAUUGGAAGAGUGGUGUUCUUUGGCAUUUCCUCUUUCAGCUAUAUGUGCUUUUCAAAUUUUAGAUUGGCACCUUGGGGGGGGGGAAUAGAAUGACUGGCAGUCUUUCUCCUUAUUUCUGUAGCACCCCACUUUCUGCUCCCCGUCAUCCACUUCCUUUUCCCUUCCACUCUCUUGGUCACUCCAGUUUCUGUUCAGCUGCUCACGUGCCAACCCAAACCCUGAGAAGAACAUAGAGCUGAAAGAGGAAGUGGGAAAGGGUACUUCUCUCCCAACUUCCCUCCUUCAGCUCUAUCUACUUUUCCAGUGGGAGUAGCCAGAGGGCAGAAAGUGAGGUACUGCAGGAAUCAGGAGAGAUAGCAAGCAUGGCUUGCCAGAAAGACUAUGUACAGUGGUACCUUGGGUUAAGAACUUAAUUCGUUCUGGAAGUUCAUUCUUAACCUGAAACUGUUCUUAACCUGAGGUACCACUUUAGCUAAUGGGGCCUCUUGCUGCCGCUGCACCACCACCGCACAUUCUCACCCUGAAGCAAAGUUCUUAACCCGAGGUACUAUUUCUGGGUUAGCCGAGUCUGUAACCUGAAGCGUCUGUAACCUGAGGUACCACUGUAUACACACACAUAGGUAAAGAUGAUCCUCUUGAAAAUGCAGACUAAAAAUGGCUGUUCAGAUGACUGUAUUAACCAGAGUUGUCAGCUGUUGGAAAUGUCUCCAGGACCUGAUGAUAGGUAAAGGUAAAGGACCCCUGGAUGGUUAAGUCCAGUCAAAGGCAACUAUGGGGUUGUGGCACUCAUCUCGCUUUCAGGCUGAGGGAGCCAGCGCUUAGCUGUCAAGUGUCCCUUAUUUGAAGGGACAGUCCCUUAUUCCAGCGUCAUGUCCCGCUGCUAUUCCUUAUUGAUGGAUGUCCCUUAAAUGUCCCUUAAAUGAUGUCCCUUAAAUUUCAAAGGAAGCAGCUCCUCUCCCUCCCUCCCUGCCGGCCAGGGAGGAGGGAGGCUCCAACUGUGUUGCUUGGCUGUGUUGCUCACCCAAUAAGAAGUCUAAGAACGACUGGGGGUGGAGCUUGCAUGCCUUGUGUGUGGCUAGUUAAUGAAAGCUGAGGGAGUUUUUGAAUGCUGGAUGCCAUUUUGUUGCAUGUGCUGCUGCAAACUUUGCAGUGCAAAGCCAGGCCGGGGAGCCAUCUUAAGUUGAGGCUGCAUAGGCCUUGUGGUGCAUGUGAUUCAGAUUCUAUUCAGUUGAACCUCUGGUUACAAAGUUGGUUGGACAGUGUUCUCGAAGCUACCAGCAUGAGUUUGACCAGACUGCAGGAGGACAGGAAGACUGGAGUGCCUGGAACAGGUGAGGCUGCAGGUCCCUUAUUUUGGCUGCUGGUCCCUUAUUUUCAAGACUGCUGGUCCCUUAUUUUCAAAUCUGUAAGUUGACAGCUAUGAGCCAGCGUUUUUCCACGGACAGCUUUCCGGCUCAUGUGGCCAGCAUGACUAAACCACUUCUGGCACAACGGAACACCGUGACUGAAGCCAGAGCGCACAGAAACGCCGUUUACCUUCCCGCCACAGUAGUACUUAUUUAUCUACAGUAAUACCUCUGUGAACAUCUGCCUCGUCUAGCGUCCGUUCCAGUGAACAUCCACAGCAAACCCAGAAGUACUGGAAUGUGUUACUUCUGGGUUUGUCACUCGUGCAUGCUCAGAAGCACAAACCGCUCUGCGCACAUGCGCAGACGAGCACUUUACCCUGCGUCCUUUUCUGCUAGCGACCGGGGCUCCGGAACGGAUCCCGGUCGCAAAACAAGGUACCACUGUACUUGCACUUGCAUGCUUUUGAACUGCUAGGUUGGCAAGAGCUGGGACAGAGCAUCAGGAGCUCACCCCGUCGCAGGGAUUCAAACUGCCAACCUUCGGAUUGGCAAGCCCAAGAGGCUCAGAGGCUCGGACCACAGCGCCACCCACGUCCUACAUUGGUCCACCUCAGACCUGGAGCUGGUCCUCCUAUUCUCUCAUCAGGAAUUCAAGCAAAUGGAAAAUUAAGGUUGCCUCAUGCAUGACAUGACAGGAAGUGUAUGGCACCAUUUUUACACCUGACAGGAAGCCACCGGCCCUGUCAGUCUGAGAUGCAUAGAGCAGCUAUGGUAGGGAGCAGCUAUGGUGUGGUAGGGAGUUGCAGUAGGUCCUGACUCACCAGAGGUGGAAAUACAUACUUUGCUGCAGGUUUAAUUCUGUUUGGUGGUUGUGGUGGUGCAGUACCUUUGGAAUCAUAGCAGAUUCAUACCUUAAUGGACCCAUUAAGACCCGUUUUGCUUAGUGAGGUCAUGUGGACUCCAAUCCCAAGGACUGUUUGCUCAGAAUGAAGCACGCCCCAAUGCAUUUUACAGCUUUUCUCCCAGGUAAGUGUGAAGCCUUUGAUCAUCAUGUGAUGAAUGCAGAUAUCAUGCAUUGUAAAUCCAUGAAAAAUGUGCAGCUCUGUACACAGGAUUCUCUCAAAUACAAAGCAUAAUGGACCCUUUCUCACCUGCUUUGAAUGCGUGAAACUGUACAUUUUGAUCUACCUUUAAAAAACAGUAAACACAGCAGUUUCAGAUAGAACAUCGUUUAUUCGUGCAUGCCCACAAAACUUUAGUAAUGUUAACCAAGCCCAAGUUUCUGUUUUUUUGUUUUGUUUUUUAACUGAGUGGUAAGACAAGAGGAAGAGACUCCCCCAAAGUAGGUGGAGUUUCCUGGACUGCAGGAUUUUGAAGGCACAAUUUAUCUGCGUGUGGAGAAAGAGAUCAGCUAAGUUAGGCUUUGGAAAAGGUUAGUACUGGAAGUUGGAAAUAAGCAACUUUUUCAGCCUUAACAGGUGCAGUCCUAUACAGUUCUACUCAAAGGUAAGCCCCAUUGACUUCAGUUGAACUUGCUCACAGGCUACGUGGGGUCUAAGAGGCUUUAAAUUAGCUGCUGUGUGGAUAUUGGGUUAAGUAUUCACCCCAGAAAGCUGCGUGUAGCAAUGCAAGAAUAUUUUACUUUGCCUUUGGCAUGAGGAAGGAGGGGAUAAAUAAUUGUAUUUUAAUUGAUGAAAGCAAGAAAGUGGGAAUAAAGCAUGGGGUGGAUUAGCCAGGGCAAAAAGUGAAAGUGUGGGGUUGGUUAAAGGAUACUAUAAUAAAGAGUGGCUGACGUUCAGUUAGAUGAAAGCAAUCUCAGAGUCAUGAUGGGUUCAACCCCCAUGUUCGGCAAAAGAUUCCUGCACUGCAGAGGGUUGGACUAGAUGACCCUCGUGGUCCCUUCCAACUCAACAGUUCUAUGAUUCUAUGUUUUGCUUUGAAGCACAGGAACAGGUUGAAGAGCGUUCCCUCUUGCUGUGAGAAAUGGGGAUUUCACAUGGAUUUGCUGCAUACUAUGUUGCUGGAGGGAAGGGGAAGAUUGUUGGGCCUCUUAUUUUCAUAGAGCAAAUACAUUUCAGGUGGGGGGGUAGCCAGUGAGGAAUGAACGAACAUCAUCUGAAGGGGCAAAACAAAGCCUGUAAUCUCUGAGCAUACUGCCCUGGCACUUAUUUCUGUAAUGGCACUUAUUCAAUGGUGCUUAUUUCUGUAAUGGGAUUCCCUAAGCACACUUUUCUGGAAGUAAAUACCAGUGACACUUACUUCCAAGACAACAUUUUUUAACAAAAAUGUGUGUGUGUGUGUGUGUGCGCGCUGCAUUUAAAUAUUAUUUAUUAUGCAUAUUUUUUCUUUUAAUCUGUUGCAAAGCAUCCCUCAAGGUAAGGAUUGGCUUAGGCAUACAACAGCACCUGUUGAUUUGACGGCCAUAUAAACUGCAAAAAACAAAACACAAAACCCCCAAACCAGAAUAUGUUGCUUUCCUUCUGCAUACUCUUCGGUGCAGAGAGGCCUGGACAGAGCAGCAGGGUACACUUGCCCCAGGUAUUGGGGGGCUAUGGCUGGGGGGGGGGGAGCACCAGGGACCAGCUGCUUUUCUCUUUGUGUUCAUUACUGUACAUUCUAACAAGACUCCUGCCUUGGGUCUCAGACAAGCUUUGCAUGAACUUGAGUGCAGAUAAUAUAAGAGUGGAACAUGUGCAGUUAAAAUGAUAGCCUAUCCGACAGUACAGAUGAUUCCUGAUGGGCAGUGUACCCAGAAGAGUGCCUCUUUAGCAGGGUUGUUUUUGCAUGAAAAUAUGAACAAGGUGCUUUGCUGCUGGUAUCUGCCUCACGCCAAAACAACUUGUACACACCAAAUAACUUGAAUAGUGUAGACUGCAGAAUCUGUGUGCACGAAACGAAGUGGUGGUGGCAUCACUUUCCUGUUUCUAUAUUGAGAAACGGCCACCACUGAACCACACCAAUGCAAAACGCCCUAUCUUCUCAUUUCUUUGGAAGAAUUACUCAAACCCCACCUUUGUUAGUCUAAAACACGGGUGUCAAACACAAGGUCCGCGGGCCGAAUCCGGCCCGCCAGACCUCGUCAUGUGGCCCAUGUAGCCGCCGCCGGCCGCCAGCCUUCAUCUUUUAUUCUCGCUUUUUUUUUUUUUUUGACACUAGAAAGCCGCCUCUUCAGCGCAUGCGCAGCAGCCUACAAGCCAGAGAACGUCUACCCUCUAGCGGCACCAAACUGCUGAUGCGGCCCCUGAUGAAUUUGAGUUUGACACCCCUGGUCUAAAGUCUUCCCCGUUUCUCUUUAUUCCUCUUUCUCACCUACCAGGGAACCUCCAUUGGGCAUGGGAGAGAGUCAGACCUGGAGGGAGAUGCUUGGCUUUUGCAUUUCCAGAGAUGGGAGUUCAACUUAUCUGCAUUUCCCCUUGCGUGUCGAGACCCCGCAGCCACCCCCUCGUUGGAAAUAACUCACACAAGGACACGGAUAUUAGGUUUAUGUAUUGGGCAAAUUUUGGGCCACAACUUUAUUGAAAUUACAGAAUGUGAGCAGUAUUGGCUUAGGCAUUGUUUGGACCUGAACAUACCUGACUCCUGCCCAUUGUGCAGGAAGUCCAGUAAGGGUAAGCCACCGGUAGGGGGAGCCCUGUCGAUGCGAACCCACUCAAGCUCCCCCUGGUAUUUCCGUCGGGGUCGUGUCAAGGCCCUAGCUCCCAGCUGGGCUUCAGACUAGAUCAACACCCCUGGGUUCCUUUAACGGAAUACCCUUAAGCAUGGAGGGGCAGGUGAUGGCCACACCUCCCCUCCCCCACACAAGGUCAAACAAUGCCUAACUGCAACCCUAACAAAGUUGUGAUGAUUGCUACGAGGUAGGUGAAAACCAAGUGGCCAGUGCCAAUUUGCCAAGUGGAAAAAUUCCUACCAGGCCCCUCAGACAAGCAAGGCAACCAACCAAAGUCCAUAGCAAGGCCAUUGCCUAAGCUGCAAAAUAGGGAGGGAGGGCAGGUGAUUGAGGAAGUGAGCCAAAGAGGAAGUCCUCUGGCUCGCCCCUCCGUUUAAACAGCCCUGACCAUGCCCCCCCCGGACAGCAAGUUGGCUGGCCGGGCUCUGAUGUGGCCGGGAUCCCCCAGACAAUGGGGGACAAAGUCCCCCGUCCCCGGUGGGGAGUGAGUGGCCAUGCGGUCCACCGCAACUCCUCCCCACUGGGAAGUGGAGCGGAUUUGUCCCUCCUGCUGCUCCCAUCUCCUUCCAUAGGGAAAACUGCUCUUUAGAGCUCAAUCUAAGCAAAUGGCACUUUUGGUUUUCUGUAGACUCCCAUUUUCCCCAGUUUAGAGCCAAAGAGAGGGUUUUCCCUGGGAAAGGAGGAGAAAACCACUCCGACCCAUCUUUUCUAGGCACAGGAGAAGCAGAAGCGUGGAUGAGCCCUGUGUGUUUCUCCCUCCUGAUAGGUCUUGUGCAAACCUGGAACCUGCAUGGCUCCUGACAGAGCAUCACUUGAAUAUCUGUUACCUUCUCCCACCUUCCAUCUGAAGGCUCCUUAACAGAUGCAGGCAUGCAGAGCCGAACUAUUGGGCAAUUGUUCUUUCUUCCCUUCGCCCUGCUUAGUUGGCCAACUAGGCUGAUAAAAGGUUCCGGAGAACAAGAAAUUUUGCACACUAUUUUGUGGCAUUUUGGUUGGCCUAAUAAAGGUAUUGUACUAAGAUGGAUUUUGGAAUUUUUAAAAUGUGGGCCAGCACUUUCCUGCUGUAGGCGAAUGACCCCUGAAAAUAACCCUCAAGGCAAUACCCUUUCCCCCUUUCAGUUGUCUCCAGCUGGAAAAUUUAAUUGUCCACCCACCACCCAUCCUGGUUCAACUGGAAACCUCUGAAUCUCAUGAUUUGCCAUGAAGGCAUCAGCAUGUGAAAACAGCUAAAGGGGGGUUUUUAUUUCAGGUGAAAUAAUUAGAUCACCUUAUUAAUUAGAAUGAAACGAAUACUUUACAUAUUUACAUAUGAAAUUUUUGCAGCCAGCAUACUGGAUCUGGAUCUUAACAAGUCCUACAUUUCCAGAAAGCUCUUUGCUUUCCCCCCUCUUGCAAUUACAUCCAACAUCUCUGAUGUGCUGUGGAUUUCAUUCCAGUCUUAAAAUAUACGCUGCCAAAGCUAAUAAAGAGCUUUUGAGCUAUGCAUUGUUUACAGAACAAUGAUCUUAUAGCACUGUCCAAUCCAUCCAUUUUUUGACGACAAUUGAAAGUUGAGUGUUUGCUUUAAACCUUUGAGCACUAAUACCCAUAACUCGGCUUGGGUUGAGUUACUUCAUAGUAACUACAACAUUGCUUCUCUACCUGCCUGCCCCCCCCCCUUGGUGUCAGGUAAUGCCAAGAAAAGCAGGAUGACCUGGCUCAGUCAGACAUAAUGAUCUUGAGCUGAGAAACUAUCCUGGUUUCAUAUUGUGUUUUGCAAAAAGAAAUUAAAGCACAGUUCCCCAGUUCAGACCUCAUGGGAAAUGUGGUUUAACUAGCCAGGAUAUAGGCACUGAAGCUGGACAUGUGAAGAGAGGAGUGAAUACGCAUUGCACAUGCACAUUGCUCAUUAUUUAGCCAAUAAACAAUGGCUUGUUGAACCAUUCUUCAAUGAUCUGGAUUUAGGAGGAUGGAGACUCAAGCAGGGGCACAUUCAGAUUGCGGGAUUACUGCAUUUGUUUUCCUGACUAUAAUGCCAGCGCUGCUAUCCUAGAUUCUAAGGUUCCCUUUUCACUGCAUUACCUGUUGCGUUGUGUAACUGUGGCUUUUUGAUUGAUAUAUUGCCAUGUGUGCUAAAUUUUAAAUGGUGGAGGGAAACUGUAUGCUAGAAUGCUGCCCCAAAUUUGAUCAUGUGAAAUUCUGGGUUGUUUUUCCCCUGGAAGUAAUUAACAUGGAAAUGAGCACUGAUCAUCAGCUAGAUUAUGCUAGUUUUUAAGAAGUGGCUUUUACAUCCUAUGGAAGAUCACAUAAAACAUGGACAUUAUCAGGUAAGGAAAUGUUGGGACAAUGGGCAAAGAGCUGCUUGAAUGGAGCCCAAGUUCCAUCCUAACGUAUCUAUUAUAUUGUGGUGAGUUUUGUGGGUAGCUAUGCACUCAGUAAGGGAGGCGGGUGGCACUGUGGGUUAAACCACAGAGCCUAGGACUUGCCGAUCAGAAGGUUGGCGGUUCGAAUUCCCGCAACGGGGUGAGCUCCCGUGGCUCGGUCCCUGCUCCUGCCAACCUAGCAGUUCAAAAGCACGUCAAAGUGCAAGUAGAUAAAUAGGUACCGCUCCGGCAGGAAGGUAAACGGCAUUUCCGUGUGCUGCUCUGGUUCACUAGAAGUGGCUUAGUCAUGCUGGCCACAUGACCUGGAAGCUGUACAUCAGCUCCCUCGGCCAAUAAAGCGAGAUGAGCGCCGCAACCCCAGAGUCGGCCACGACUGGACCUAAUGGUCAGGGGUCCCUUUACCUUUUUAUGCACUCAGUAAGCCACACCACUGAGAAACUUGAGGCCUGUGCAUGCCUAUUGUAAUCCAAUCCACCCUGCUAAAGAACAAGAGCUCACUCAUGUGCCUUGAAUGAGUGGAGGGGGGAGGCUGGGUGGGAAUAAUGGGAGGCACGCACAGCGUGUUUAUGAGCUGAAGGGGAUGAGAAAACUAGAAAUUGUGUAGACGCUGACUUUUGCCUCCAGGCUGACAUCCAGGAAUUGUACCAUUCCGUAUGCCUGGAAAUCAGCACGAGCCUAAGCAUGUUUUAACUCAGGUGUGAGUUCAACUGUGUUCGGUGAAGUUUGUUUGCUCCUUAAGUGUGCUUGGGACUGCAGUCUUUGGAAAUCAGACAAUCCUUCUAGAUCCUUUUCCUGUUGUAACCACAAUAAUGCUCAGCCUUUCAUAAUGCAUAUUCUAUUCAUUUUUUGUAACAUUUAAUAAAAUUCAUAAUACAUAUUCUCUUCAUUUUGCUCCACCUAAUUGAGCUGUUCUGCAAAAUUCUACCUGCAUGGUUGUGUACACAAUUGCUGGUUUAUAUUUAAUUAAACGUUUUCUUCUCCCCAUUAAAUGGCACUCAUCAGGAAACCACCAGCUUAGAAAUAUGUCUGGGAAACCAAAACUGACGUACUUUGAAGGCAGAGGAAGAAUGGAAUCCAUCAGGUGGCUCUUAGCAGCAGCUGGAGUGGAGGUUGGUUGCUUCUGUUUCGCACCAGAAAUUUGCACAAUUGUGUGCUCAGAGCUUUGAACGGGAGAUUUCCCAAUUCACAGCUCACACUCUUAGCUAUUUCUGUAUCUACAAAAGAGCCACGUAGUAACUUUAUGCAAUAAAAUGAACUGGCAUGACACAGGAAUGGAAAUAACUUGAUCUGUUUUCCUGUCUUUUUUUCCAGUUUGAAGAAACGUUUUUGAAAACAAGAGAACAGUAUUUGAAGUUAAUCAAAGGUAAACUCAUGGUGCAAACCUAUAUAUGCCUGUUCAGAGGGGAACCCCACUAAAUUCAGUGGGGCGUAAGCCCAGACGAGUGAGCAGCCUUUUUUCUACCCAUGGAUAUUUCUGAAACCACAAAAUUUUUACCAGAGACAAAAGUGGAAGGCCUGCAUGCAAUAAGCAGCAAAAUAAGUAAAACCUCUUUUGCUCCAGCCAAGGGUGUUUUCGCACAUAAAGCACAAAUCAUGCUGUUGCCCCUUCUCCCUCUGCAUUUCCCACAUAUAAAAUGUAAAUGUAAAAUCUAUAUUGAUAGGAAUAUAUUUUAAAAUAUUUCUAUUCUGCCUUUCUGCCCCACACAAUAAAACAACAGAUGCCCAAAUGUGUGUCAUUAGUGUGUCAUGUAGAUGGCAAAUACAACAUGCAUUAUUGGAGAUCUGGAUGGGGGAAAACAUAAUUCAUGUUUUCCCCAAAAUGUGUAACAUUCCUCAGUGCAAAAGAUCUUUCUAAUUUUAUUGCACGUUAUAUCAUCUAGGCUACAAUAUACAAUUUUUUCCUUAAAGGCAAUUAUAGAUGGGCUUGAGUACCUGGGUUAUAAGACAGACUGUCCUUGGAACAAUUAGUUUAUUUAUUUCCUUUUAUUUUGCUUGGUGUAUUCUUUGGGGGUGGUAGAUUAUAAAAUGGCCCCAGGAUCUGACAUUAAAAUCACCUGAGCAUGUAGAAAUCUUUCCAGAUUUAAAGGUGUGGUUGAUUCUCAGAACCCAUGGGAGGAUGGAGGUUUGAAUCAUAUUUAAAACAGGGCCUGGGAUAUAAAGUUUACUACUCAGCAAUGUUUUCUUGGGCUUGCCAAUCAGAAGGUCAGCAAUUUGAAUCCCCGCAACGGGGUGAGCUCCCGUUGCUCUGUCCAAGCUCCUGCCAACCUAGCAGUUUGAAAGCACACCAGUGUGAGUAGAUAAAUAGGUACCUCUGUGACGGGAAGGUAAACAGCAUUUCUGUGCGCUCUGGUUCCUGUCACGGUGUUCCGUUGCACCAGAAGCAGUUUAGUCCUGCUGGCCACGUGACCUGGAAAGCUGUCUGUGGACAAACGCCGGCUCCCUUGGCCUGAAAGCAAGAUGAACGCUGCAACCCCAUAGUUGCCUUUGACUGACCCUGAUCAUUCAGGGCUCAUUUACCUUUAUCUUUUUUUACCUAAGCCUUUUAAUUAUUUUAAGCAUUGUUACCCUACUUUUUAGCCAAAAAGCUUCCCAGAAACAAGACAGUUCCUGCUCUCAGGCUAACAGUCUAAAAGACAUGACUCAAAAGGAAAAGGUGUUGGGCAGAGAAGAGGAAAAUAAGCAAAAACAAACACCAUCGCGUUACUUAUAGAAGCCAGCUAGGGGGAGGGAGAAACACAUCAGGGAAAGGAGGAGCCAAAGGGGGUCGGUUUCUCUGCAAAACUAAUGCCGUGGUCCUUGCACAGCACUUUGUGUCUAUGCCGAGCUGUUUUUUCCCAUCCUUGCAAACCAUGUAAAUAAUUUGUUGUGGUUUUCUAUCUCAAGUUGUGAGCUUGAUGGCACCUGGGAAAGAUAGGAGAGCUUAUUCAAUGUCUCAAAUGUUGGACUCAUUGGUCAUAAUAGCAGGGAGAAGCUAGCUUUUCUUCUCUGACACCAGAAGACCCUCCAGUCUAUUUGGAAGGUGCCCACGCAUUCAGAGCAUGAGACGUGUUGCAAAAUGAUAGUAGAUUGGCUACUUGAUCAAAAUUUCACUUGGCUGUUUGCAUUCUUGCAGAAAGUGAGGCCAAAUGCUAGCUCUGAAAGUGCUUUACUGUGGCAGAAUCUUGCCACAUUUCUUUAAUCUCACAGAAUAACCAUUUUGGACCGAUCAAUGACUUUGUUUUGGCUUUUUCCUUUGCUUUCCUAAAGAUGGAUACUUGCUGUUUGAUCAAGUCCCUCUGGUCGAGAUGGAUGGGCUGAAGCUGGUCCAGACCAAGGCCAUCCUCAACUACAUCGCGGGGAAAUAUAACCUCCAUGGGAAGGACCUGAAAGAAAGAGCAUAGUACUUAUCAUGAUUCACCAUACUGUACUUAAUAGCUGCAUUAAAAGACUCUAGUGGUAUUAACAGUAUUUGCACAUGCUCACAAAUUUGCAUUGCCUAGGAAAGAGAAAAAAGCUGUGAGAGGCCAGGGAAAAGAUAUUCUUGAAGAUUUGGGCUUCUGGUUUGGUGUCUAACUUGUUCUAAUGCCCAACCCAUAUGUGUGUGUGCAUGUCUUUGUCCAAUGUUGAUCACACUCAGGAUAGAUCCACUGAAAUCAAUGGGGAAAAGGGCACUUCUUCUUCUUCUUCUUCUUCUUCUUCUUCUUCUUCUUCAACAACCCAAACAACCUACAAUUAUGUGGUUUCACUUUGGCAUGUCAACGAGUAGAAUUUGGCUUCCCUUUCAAUGACAGAGGGAGAACCCUGGAGACUGAUGGUGCCUUUGUAAAUAAUGGCAUUAUUUACAUAUCUACAGGUGGGACACACUGGAAGCAAAGAGUCUUUUCAUCAGCUGGUAACAAGUCCCUAGGCAGCUAUUUGUGCAGUUCUCCUCCUCCUAAAGUAGCACUCCCAGGCUCAGCUACCGUGUUUUUCGCUCUUUAAGACGCGCCUGACCAUAAGACGCACCUAGUUUUAGAGGAAGAGAACAAGAAAAAAUAUAUUCUCUCCCUCUCUGCACAGUGCCUCUCCAACAAAGUGGGAGGAGAAACAGAAGCAGAGAGGGAAAGCUGCGCAGUGCCUCUCCAGCGAAGCAAAGUCAGAACAGCAAGAGGGAUCGCUGCACAGCGAAAGCAGUGAUCCCUCUUGCUCUCCUGGCUUCAGCGAAAGGAACACAAAGCCUCCUGAGUGCAGUGGUAGCUGCGCAGCCUGCAUUCGCUCCAUAAGACGCACACACAUUUCCCCUUACUUUUUUAGGAGGGGGAAAGUGCAUCUUAUAGAGCGAAAAAUACGGUAAUUCUGCUUAGAAGCUUCCAGUUCUCUCUUUCUAAGGUGGUUCAGAUAACCCCUAAGCACUGAAAUAAUACAUGAGGAUAGAUCGACAGGCCACAUGAGCUAGACCCACCUCCCAUUUUUAUGUUCCUAUUUUCCCAAUAAGUUCAAUUAAACAGAUGAAUUUUCUCUACCCAUGCCUGCCUUGUCCUCACAGCAUUGACAUGUAUGUGGAAGGAACCAUGGACCUGAUGGGGAUGAUUCUGAUGUAUCCCUUUUCUCCACCUGAGCAAAAGGAGAAGCAGCUUGCUUCCAUCCUUGAGAAGGCCACUACCAGGUACUUUCCAGUCUACGAAAAGGUAUGGCACCAAAGAUUCCUAUUAGUAGCUACAUCAGGGAUGGGGAACCCAAAGAUGAGCUACUUGGGAUCAUCCUGCGCCAUCUCGGUGUCCUCCAGAAACUUUGGACUACAAUUCCCAUCAGCCUCUGCCAUCAUCACCAAUGGUCAAAGAUGUUGGGAGCUGUAGCCAAACAAUAUCUGAAAGGUUCUUCAUUGGGGAAUGAUGACUUGGACUAAUGGCACAGGUCAUAUUUUUCGUAGCUCUUUGAAAAUAUUAGACAGGUUUUACUAUGUCCUGAGACUUCUUUGAAUAUAGAGUGAGGCUUCAUCUGUGCUAUGCAAUUAAGGCAGCAUUGUGCAACUUUAAACAGUCAUGCCUUCUCCCAAAGAUUCCUGGGGGCCAGGUGCACCAACUCUAGGGGGCUGAUGAGUUUUGAGCCCCCUCAAUAUUUUUUGGAAAGGGGCCAAUGUUGAGGGGCCCCAGGAUGCAUCGUAGCUUCAGCGGCCAGCUCCUCCGGAGCAUUCGGCCUCCUCCAGACGUUGUGAUGUCAUGAACAACAUGCACUGCACGCACAAUGUCACACACACACAAUAUGUGCUGGGCCCUCUCAGUGUUAGUUUAUUAAAAGUGAUCAGAGUGGUUAUCAUCUUAUGUGGCUUAUAUGACAUUUAAAUUUAAGUCCCCAAAAUGUCUCACACUGUCCCAACAUUUCUCAGAAGAGUUAAAAGUACAUUUUAAGGUAAGAGAGUACAUUUUACCCAAACCAAGCACAUUCUUUAUUGUUGUUUUCUAGGCCCUGAAACAGGCUGGAAAAGAGUUUCUCGUUGGCAAUUGCCUCAGCUGGGCAGACGUACAGCUGCUUGAGGCAAUCUUAAUGGUAGAGGAGAAGAAAGCGGAGGUUCUUGAAUCCUUCCCUCAACUGCAGGUAAACUGUUGGUAGAGUUCAUCGUGCAGAAUUCUGCUCUCGUUAUGUUUCAGAAUGUGUUUGUUCAGACCUCUGGAUUGAGGUGCAUAGAGUUCAGUUAAGGUUAAGCUAUAGUUAAGGGACUAUAAUGAUUCCCUUUCUGGGCAAUUGAUUCCAAAAAGCUGCCUUAUAGGAAGUCAGGUACACCCAGCUCAGUAUUCUCUACACUGAAUGGCCAUUUCUCUAUGAUUUCAGACAGGGGAACCAAUUAUUGUAUCCAAUUUAGCCUAACCUUUGCAAGUAAUUUCCCCUAAUAUGAAUCAUUUGGGGGAAGUCAUUUUCACUUAUAGGAUAUUUUUGUGCCCUUUCUCCUAAUAUACAUUUUUGUGGAAAAGGUUAACUGGAGAGCAAAAUGCAGGGAAGUGCAAAUGUUGAAGGAUAGCUGUGUUUCAGUUUCCUGUUUCACGAAAUGUGAAUCAUGCACUUUCUUCGUAAAAUGCAAAUCGAACCAAAUUUCUCCCCCAUCCUUACAAUAAACGGGAAGUUGGGGAUUGAGGAAAAACAGGUACUCAAGAAGAUGUACCCUAGGGAAAUCCCCACAUAGCUCCAGCAAUGCCCAGAGGCUUCCACCUAUGCAGCUGAUUCCAGCAUCUGUUUUCCAUAUAAUAGGAGUGAACCUGUUUGGCACAUUUAGAUGUUAGCGCCACAGAGUGGGAUCCAUUCAGGGGGAAGCAGCAAUCAGACUGUGUGGAUCAGAUAUUAGCUUUUUAUGUGCAGGACAACGAGUCUCUCUUUCUGGUGGUUGGUUAACGUAUAUUGGCAUAAUUCCUUACUUCAGGUUGUAUUGUCAAAUAUCCUUUAGAAGGAUGUUAGUCUAUACACUACGAGCUAUUCUGAUGCUAUAUAUAUAUAAACACUUCUUUGUUUUGUUUUGUUUUUUGAUUUUUGCCCUAGGCUUUCAAAGCAAAGGUGAGCAAUCUUCCCACCAUAAAGAGGUUCCUGCAGCCUGGAAGCCAAAGGAAACCACCCCCUGACGAUGCAUAUAUCGCAACUGUGCUGAAGAUUCUCACAAGUGACUAAAAAACAUUGCAUCAGAUUUUAAGGCUGCUUGCCAGAGUCACCAUGAAUGCUGAAAACCAAGGGAUCUUUAAAUGAAAUGAUUGUUACCUGCCAUGAAAAGCAAAAGUGGUAACAUGGAAUGUUGAGCAGAUGUUGAUUUAAAGUGUGUAAAGUGCUUGCAUUAAAAUAUUCAACAAGAGUGUAUUUUCUUUCAUACUGCAAAAUGACAAGGCUAUUUAUGCAUUCUUUCAUUCACAUAUUUAUAACCUCCCAUCUAAUGCAUUCUUAUUAACCAGAGUGACUUACAAUAAUAAUAUUUUUUUUAAAAAAACCCACAAUCCAUAAUCAAACACACACACGUAAUGGAUUGUAAAACAACACUGUUCACAUGGCUCCUCCAAAGCUGAUGGAACAGGCAGUAUGGUUAGCUAAAAAAUGCUUAUUUUUGUAACAUAUGAUGUAAGGACACUAUAUUUUUUAUCCAAGGCUCAACAGAAGGACAGAGUCACACGCUGGGUUCAAUAUAGUUUCCAAACAAUGGCCAAAAGGAGUUUAAAGAGUUGGACAAAUUUAAGGUGGGUUGUCUCAUCAAGAGAGGGAACGUCAAUGAAGUUAUGUACCCUCAAGUGGAUAGUAGUAUGUCUGGUCCCGGUAAACAGCGGUCUUCAACAUUCCUACCAGCAGUACUCUGUGGCAAUGGUUUAUUAGAUACAUGGUGGCUCUAUAAUCUGACCCUAAGUGAUUAUUCUUUCUAAUCCUUGAGCCACAAUAUUUCGGAAUAGAUCAUGUAGUUCUUUCAAAUCCCUGUCUGAUAAAAUAACAAUUUGAUAAUCCACAUACAUGAAUCAGACCAUGCUUCAGUCAUCGUUGAUUUCAACACUAUGAGAAGGGGUCUCGAGACCCUUCUUUUGGUGCCUCCCAAUAACUCUCUUAACACAUACAGAAAUUAGGAACAGACUGAAAACAGAAUUGAUAGCCUAUUUUGAACUGAACCAGUUUAGGCCAUAAUCUGGGAUGCUAUGAAAGCAGUACUGAGGAGACAUUGCCUAAAGCCCAUCAUUUUGAAGAAGCAGAAAUCAGCAUUGCAAACUGAGAUGGUGAAAGACAUAUCGGCCUCAGCAGACACAAGGACUGAACUGAAAACUUUAUGCCAAUUUAUUGCGUAAGCACAGUGAGCUUCUAAGCACUAGAUGCUGAGUAUAUAAGCACCUCUAUGCAAAAAGUAACCGUGUAUAUUAUGAGCUUGGAAAUAAAUGCUCUAAAAUGAUAGCGAGAGCCUUUAAGGUCCAGAAGGAACAAAACCAUAUAGGCCAUGUUGCUUAGGAGCCAAUUCCUAGGGGCCAAGGUCCCUUUGCCCCCCCCCCAUAAAAUAUUUGAGGGGACCGGGCCCCCACAAAGCUGAUGGACAUUGCUAUUCAAAUGGUGUGCAUGUGCCACAUAUUGUGAUCAAUUAUGCGGGGUGGGGCUUACCUGCUCCCCCCAUAUUUUAUUCAAGUUGGCAUGGCACCCUGUCAUAUUGUGAUAGAUGACAGUUCCCUUUUCACUACUAAUGACAUUAAUCUCACUUUUAGAGAUGUUUUAUAGGUUUCUACUGUAUUCUACUAGCUCUCCAUCACAAGCUCUUUUUUUUGUUUUAGAGAAAGCUGUAGAUAAAAAGUAGCCACAUGACCAUAAAGAAUAGAAUAGUUGAUAAUGGAGGAGGAAGUACAGUGAGUCUUCAAAAAAUUUGAAAUGGGUUAGAUGGAUAAACCCCAGUACAGUGGUACCUCUAGUUAUGAACUUAAUCCAUUCUGGAGGUCCGUUGUUAACCUGAAACUUUUUAACUAGAGGCAUGCUUUCGCUAAUGGGGCCUCUUGCUGCUGCUGCGCCGCCGGCACACGAUUUCCAUUCUCAUCCUGGGGCAAAGUUCUCAACUCGAGGUAGUUCUUCCAGGUUAGCGGAGUUUGUAACCUGAAGCGUUUGUAACCUGAGGCGUUUGUAACUCGAGGUACCACUGUAUUAGAUGGGAAUAAUCUACUCUGGUCUAAUAUCAUGCAGAAACAUUUCUGUCUUCUUAAUAAUAAUAAUAAUAAUAAUAAUUUAUUAUUUGUACCCCGCCCAUCUGGCUGGGUUUCCCCAGACACUCUGGGCGGCUCCCAACAGAAUAUUAAAAACACGAUAAAACAUCACACAUUAAAACUUCCCUAAACAGGGUUGCCUUCAGAUGUCUUCUAGAAGUCAGUUGUUUAUUUCCUUCACAUCUGAUGGGAGGGCGUGUCACGGGGGGGGCACCACUACUGAGAAGGCCCUCUGCCUGGUUCCCUGUAACCUCACUUCUCACAGUGAGGGAACUGCCAGAAGACCCUCGGAGCUGGAUCUCGGUGUUUUACUCUAUAACCCUAUAUGUCAAAAGAAGUUCACGCUAUGCGAAACUUGCUUAUUCUACCAGACUCUUAUCAGGCUAUGAUAUUUCAUUUUCCCUUUGCUCUAGUACCAAUGUUUGGUUUCAUGGAUAUUGUGGUAUGGAAUGUAUUGCACCUUAUGGAAAAAAGCCUUUCAAUAAUAAUUUACUCUUUAAAGAGAAGCAGCUGACACAGGCGUCCAGACUCCUUGACCAAAAGCACUUCUCACUGUUUUGCACACCAGUGUAAAUUAAUCACAGCCAUCUAUAUACCCCAAACCCCUCAAAAGGUGAGUGCCACCAGCAGGGAACUCCUUUGUAGAUGACCUUUGUCCAUAUUUCCUAGCCAGCAGCUGCAGCCAAAGAUUGCGGUGGCCUCCUGCCCAGUGAUACAAGAGCUUGGGUUAAUUAUGAUAAGGACAUUAACGUUUGCCCUCAAUGCAGCUGCACAGAUUUACACUAAACUGAGUUGCAUCACGUUAUGUACCUGCGAGAGAACCUUUCCCAUUAUGGAUUAACUUUGUGCAACUGAUUUGACUCUAGGUGAAAAGUCUCACAAAAGGCAAAGCUGUAAGGUGGAGCUUCUGAGCUUUUUAUAAACUUGAUGCACACAAGUUCAGCCUUUGCUCUGUCUCAUAAGAAGUAUCACUUGCCCAGCAGGACUUCCAGCAGGUUAUUAGUCAAAGGUAGGCAAUUCCUUUGGAGAGUCAUAGCUCAAGAGUGACACCCUUGACCGAGGAGUGGUGCAGGGACAAUUCCCAAAGACCUCACUUCUGCCCAAAGAUUUUCUUCUUUUACCCAGCCACUGUGGGUGGCUCCCAACAGAACAUUAAAAGGUGGUGGUAGGAUUUUCUGGAGAUUUGUAAUCUUGUGAAAGAAGCUUUUCUGUCUGGAUAGACCAAAGGCAGGAGCUGGACAGUGGCAGAACUCUAAAAAUCAAAUAGCGGUGGGUUGAGGGUUUUGGUGGCACCUCAAAGGAGUGUUGGGUAGAGUUGGGAGAGAAAUUUGAUUUAAAAAAUAUUUAUAUAUAUACUUUUCAAAUAUUCAUUAAUUUUACAAUCAUUUUAACAUUUCAAAGUCUGUAUUCCUUUCCCCUCUUUCUGCGGUUCCUUAAAUUUAUUUUUUAAUAUCUUCUGCAUAUCCAAAUUCAUUUAAUUUGCUCAUUUAAUUAUCUACUUUAAAUAUAUACUGUACUCUUAUGAAACUGCAGGUUAUUACAAUAAUCCUGCCGGUGUUUAUAUCUGUUUGCAAUUUAUCUGCAAAUGUUCAAUAAACCAUUUCCAUUCUUUUAUAAAAAGUUUGUUAUCUUGAUUUCUUAUUCUUGAUUUCAGGAAAUCGAGAGAAAUUUGAUUCAGUUUGCAUUUUAACGUGCCAAAUUUGCAUUUUCUGAAAUAAUAUGCCACCUGAAACAUAGCUCUCGUUUGAGAUUUGCAAAUACCUGACAAAUACCUCCAGACAAAUAGUGCAUAAAAAUGCACAAAGUGUGCAUAUAAAUGCAUUUAUUAGUGAAAACAAUGUACCAUGUAGUCGUCCAGAGAAAUAGAUCCAUUACAUUUUUGGGAGCGAGGUUCCUAUGCCAGCAUCCUGCGAACUCAGCUCUCCAACAGGGAAGGCUGACUUUGGCUUAUUGCCUUGCAAAGUUCUAGUGUGAAUUGCCACCUAAGUAGCUAAAGGAUGAGUUUUAUGGGUCCAUUCUGCAGCACCUGCUGUUGUCCAAAUGGUGCCAUGGCAUAGAUACAAAGACAAGGACCAAACAGGAUUCAAAACCUCAAGAAGAGGGGGCAAGGAAGGCAAGGCAAAUCUUUUGCUUUUCGUUAAAUUGGCAAUUUACAGAUGGUGGAGACUGGGGCAAAUUGGUUGAGAGAAGGGAGUGUCUCUGUGAGGAAAUCUGAAAUAGUUUUAGGAUGGAGGUGGGCUCCAGAUGUGAUCCAUCACCAUCAUCCCUGAUAGCUAGCCAUCCUGGAGAGGCAGGUUUCCAGAGCUGUUUUAGGAGAUACAAGGCAGAUAGUGACAAUGGCAACAGUGCAGGGAUGAGGGGGGAAUUUACUAUUUUGUGCCUCUGUGAAUCAUGGCUGUCUAAUGAGGGUUAAACAUUCAUUAUUUUUAAAAACUCAUUUUCAAUUUUAUCUUUACUAUGAUAUGCCAUAUCUGCUUGUGCAUCAUGAUUAUGAAACUGGUUUUUAAAAAACCAACAGACAAGAAGCCGUUAGACAAGAGAGCCAGUGUGGUGUAGUGGUUAAGAGCGAUAGACUCAUAAUCUGGGGAACCGGGUUCGCUUCCCCGCUCCUCCACAUGCAGCUGCUGGGUGACCUUGGGCUAGUCACACUUCUUGAAGUCUCUCAGCCCCACUCACCUCACAGAGUGUUUGUUGUGGGGGAGGAAGGGAAAGGAAAAUGUUAGCCGCUUUGAGACUCCUUCGGAUAGUGAUAAAGCGGGAUAUGAAAUCCAAACUCCUCCUCCUCCUUCUUCUUCUUCUUCUUCUUCUUCUUCUUCUUCUUCUAUCUGAAAUCCUGCUACAAGCAAUCACCAACCAGCAUUUUAAAAAGUUGUCCUUCUCUAGUGGUGGUUGUUUCUCUACUAAAUACCAUCUCUCUUUCUCUCUGUUAUCACAACAGAAAAGUAAGCACUUAG